CCUCAGUCCAUCGCUAGCUACGGCUUCGACAUUCCCAAAAUCAAGGCAAACGAACGCGCGGUAACCAUACGUUCACUUAGUAAGGGCACACCGUAAACGGUAUUCGGCAAUUGGGAAAAUCCAAAUUCGGAACGCGCCCGUGAAAUUGUAGUGAAUUCGAAAUUCGAAAUCGUGGAUUGUGACAGUGUGUGGUGUUCGAUAUUGAACGUUCCGUACCGCGUUACAGCGAUGUCAAUGGUGGCGUGACACCGGGUUGACGUGAAUCAAUCCGCGAGAUGUCGCAGCCGCCGCCGGGGCGCGGGCGCGCGCGGCCCCCCGGCCCCCCAUCGCCCCUACACUACCGCCCCCCUCGCCAUGGGCCCCGAGCCCCCCGCCUUUAAUUUCCGGCCCCAGACACUCUACAGCCAUCGUCUCGCCCCCACCAGUCCAACCCUCCCCUAAACCGUUCCGACCCCUGCACUCCCCUCAUUCUUUCCGCCCACACUCCCCGUCCCCCAGUUUCUCGAUAUCCCAUAUCCUAUGUCUCCAACGUUGGGGCAGAGUCCAGAGUAUUACUAUAACUCCCCAUACGAGCCGGUCCGGGAGUAUGACUAUGCGGGAGUGCCGUUAGAACCUCCCCCUCCUCCGCGGCCGAUGAUUUACGAGGAGGACGAGGAACGGGGACCGUCCACUGCGGAGAUCAUCGCUAACCAGUCGCAAGAAGGCUACGUUGAUGAGAAACUCGCCGAGUAUCAAGCGACCAUUCAGUUGCUACAAGAUGAACAGGAAAGAGUUCAGAAGAAAACAUUUGUCAAUUGGAUCAACUCGCAUCUGUCGAAGCGCAUACCGCCACUGCGCAUCGACGACCUUAUAUAUGACCUACGUGAUGGCACAAAACUGCUGGCACUGCUUGAAGUGCUUUCGGGUGAAAAAUUGCCCAUGGAGCGCGGGCGUGUUCUCCGCCGUCCACACUUCCUCUCCAAUGCCAACACAGCACUCCGCUUCCUCGCCGGUAAACGGAUCAAGCUGGUGAACAUCAACGCUGCCGACCUUGUCGACGGCCGGCCCGCCGUCGUCCUCGGCCUCAUUUGGACCAUCAUCCUCUAUUUCCAGAUCGAGGAAAACAGCCGAGCGUUAGAAUACCUUGGCGGGUCGAGAUGCGCCUCAGUCAUGUCCCAAGAGUCAGGGGCCGCCACUCCCACACAGAGAGCAGAAGACCGGUGGAAGCAAGGCGCCAAGAAGACCUUGCUCCAAUGGGUUGCAAACGCUUUGCCCAAGAACUCCAAUAUCCAAGUAACAGACUUCGGCCCAUCGUGGAGGGAUGGCAUAGCCUUCCUUGCAAUCAUCGACGCUAUCAAAGCCAAUCUAAUCAAUCUGGCUGAGAUGAAGAGAAAAACAAACAGGCAACGAUUGGAGCACGCCUUCGAUGUGGCAGAAUCCGAGUUGGGUAUUGCCAGGUUGUUGGAUGCUGAAGAUGUGGAUGUGGAGAAGCCAGAUGAGAGAUCCAUUAUGACAUACGUAGCUCAGUUCUUGCAUAAAUAUCCUGAACCCAAGACAACAGGACCUGAUGCCGUAGCAGCAGUACAAGAGGAGUACGAAUCUCUUAGAAUGUGGCUGACAGAACGUGUCACCACAGUUCAAAGGCAAUACGACUCGCGAACUCUCUCGCGAAGCUACGAGGACUACGUCCGCGCCGAAAACGAGAGGCUUGCUCAUGAACCAGUCUAUCAAAAACUCGAAAAACUUAUGUACACACAAAGUUUAGUGGCCAUAGCACCAAAAUCUUGGCGCGAGCUUGUCUCACUUUGGAUCGAAUUAGAGAGACUGCACAGAAAGUGGCUCUGGCUCUUGGACUCAGAUCUGCCGGGAGACUUCAGAACCGUUGGUGAGUGGUUGGCAAAAGCGGAAUAUCUGCUAUAUUUCGACGAAAUUCCAACAAGUUUGGACGAAAGAACUGCCGCCAUCAUCAGCGAAAAGUUGGAGGAACACACUUCCUUUUUCUCGAAUCUCCCAGAAGUCAUAGACAGAUUUGAGGCGGCGUUAAGAUCGCCAGAUGCCGCUAAGAUCCCCUCGGGGAGACUCCAAGAUAUGAAGGAACGGCUCGAGACUGUAAGUCGAAGAGCACCACAGAGGAAAGCCAGACUGAAAUACUUGGAGCACAAAUGUUGUAUCGUAGCAUUUACAGAAUUGACUAAGGCUAAGUUAGCCGCGUGGACCGGUAAAUACGGUCGAAUUGAUCAUGUUCGUGCCUUAUUAGAUGAUUAUGACAAUUUUGUUACUAAAAAUAAGAUUUUCCAAGAGUUUGAUAGAGCUUAUGUUGAUAUAAAGCAAGUAGCAGAGGAAUAUAAGAGAGUGUGUGAAGUAGAUAAAUCUGAAGCAAGAGAAAUUGAUAUAUUUUUGAAGGAUGUGUCUGAUAUGUGGAGAAGAGUUGCUUCAGAUGUGCGGUGUGCUCGAAGUGUGCUUGAAGAGGUUAUUGCACAUUGGGAAAGAUGGAACACUUUAUCUGAUGAUUUUACGACUUGGCUUGACAAAGCGCAGCACAUGUUAAGAGUGUCUGAAGAUGAGAGACUAGAAUUCUUCCAAGAUUUGACAGUAUGGAAAGAGAGGCACCAGCUACUUGGAGAUGCCGCUGGAUUCUUGGCUGCAACUAGCAGUGAAGAAAUAAGCUCGGAAGUGAAGAGAAAGUAUGUGGAAAUAACUGAACGCUGGGAACGUGUUUGGGAAGAAGCUGAACGCUACGUCCGUGGCGGUGACGCUCUCCGCCACCGUCGGGAACUCGCGUCAGGGAUUCAACAACUGGACAGCUGGUUGACGGCAGCCGACGCACUGCUGUCACGUCAACCUCGCGCCAACACAACGGACAUACAGACGUACAUCGAUCAACUUUUGCAACUCAAUUCUGAGAUUGAGCAUCACGAAGAGUUAUUCAAGACUAUUAGCAGGACCUUCCAAACAGCAAUCGCUGAGCUACCCCGUGAUGAGGUAGAAGCGAACAUGGCCAAACUGAAGCAGCAGAAGGAAGCACUGGUCCGCGUCAGGGCCACGGUUCCUGUGAAGCUGCACCAAUAUAGACAGCUACUAGUGCAGCAUGAGUCAUUAGAGACUGGCCAGAAGGAGAUCGGCCAGUGGUUGGACAAAGCUGACGAAGCAUUGAGGAGCACAGGGGAAACCAGACGUGAAGUAAUAGAGGAGCGCUAUGAGAUGCAUCGUACGUUCUUCUCGAGGACCACGUACUACCGCUCCAUGUUGGAGAGCAAAAACAAAGUGUUCCAGAACAUCGUGAAAGCGGCUGACACCGACCGCAGCGCUGACGUCACCGAUCAGGUUCGCCUCAUGAGGGACCUGAAUGAGAGAUUUGCCCAUGUGUCAUCCGAGGCCACUCGCCGAGAAGCCGACCUGCAGCGUUUAGUACGAGCAUGGGAUGACUUCGAAACCAAGAAGCGUUCCGUUGAAGAGUGGGCCUCGCGGGCCGAGUCUCUACUCGCUGACAAUCGUGUGGACUCGAAGCAGGCGGUGGACUUCCAUAAGAGAUUCUUCCAAGGCGCUGAUGAGAGGGCAGUGUCCGAGUUGGUCCGGUCUGGACGAGAGCUCAUUGAGUUGGUGAAUGAAGAAGAUCGUUCCCGUGUAGUGCAGACAGUCGAAGAACUUCAGCGCCGCUGGAGAGAACUCCUCGACCGUGCACCGCCGCACCUCAUGAGGCUGGAAUUCCGGCUUGACGAGGCUGUCUUCCACCACUGUAUUAAGGACAUUGAGAAAGAGAUAGUUUAUGAAGAACAGGCAUACAAUCAAAGCGAUGACGCCGACGGAAUCCUGAUCAGAAACGAAGAAUACUUCCGCAACCAAGGCAAGGUCAUGCAAGUGGAGCAUUGUCUUCAAAAUCUUAAUAAAAUCGCGACAAGCUACACCCAUCAAACAGGAGAUACGGCCUUAGAAGAAGAGCUUAGGAAGUGCGAACAACAGUGGGAGAGUACAGUCCGAAGAGUUGAGAACUUCAGGCAACAGUUGCAGAGAAUACCAGCCAAAUGGGAUGCCUAUAGAGAGAAGUUCAAGGAAAUGGAGCGAUGGAUGGACCACGUUGACAAAACUAUGGAUAGUAUCGUUAGAGAGGUAGACUCUGCCGAAGCGUUUGAACGCGAAAAGACUAUCUUCCAGAACAUCUGCCGUGAAGCUGACAAAAAACGAGAAGAUAUGAAAUGGCUUGUUCAAACUUUGGACAUGCUCACAAAUCAUUGCUCAGAGAUGGAAGCCCACGACGAACAGACGAAACUUGAAAAUCUUAUCGCAAGAUAUAAGAACUUGAUUCCAACUAUUGAAAUUACAAUGAUUAAGACGGAAACUUACACACGUUGUUACACAUACCGCCGCGAGGUCCACGAAGUCAUUUGUAUAUUGGAAUCUGCUAAGGAACAGGCAAUGGUUGAGCCAGAGCCACAAUCCUUGCAACACGUUGAACAGCUGGUUCUGGAACAACAAGCGGCAGUACAGAAGCUUGACCGCCAACGACCUUCUGUUAUGUCCAUGUUGCAGCGUGGCAAGGACUUAAUAAAAGAUGCCAAUGCACCUGCGUUUGUUAGAGAAGAUGUCAGAAAUCUCGAAACUGGAUGGAACAUGGCAUAUGAGACUUCGACCGAUCGUCUACAUAAAUUACGUGACACGCAGAAAGUAUGGUCUAAUUAUGAAUAUCAGAAAGAGGAGCUUAUGUCUGACCUCGACAAAAUUGAGAGUUACAUCGCUCAUCCAGGAUUAGAACUUGGUGUAAGUAAUAUUGGCCGUGAACUCCAUGAAACAAAAACUCUUAGUAGUGAUAUUGAAAAAGCCAAAGUUGAAAGAUUACCUCAGUUACAAACUGCUUAUGCUGAAUUACAAUCUCUUACUGCAAAUAAACCAAAACCUGUUAUAGAGAAAGAUUUGGAAACCAUUGAACGCAAGUUAGGAAGAGUUCAAGAUGAAGUCCAAACUAAGGUUGUGCAUUUAGAGAAAUUCAACGAAGAAUGGGUGAAAAUUGAAAAUAAAUUGGAACACGUUCGUGAAUGGAUUAAAAAAGAAAGCCCAGCACUUAUAUCACAAAUACAAUCAGAAAAUAUUACACCAGAAGAACGCGUGGAAAAAUCUCAAUUGUUACAAAAAGUUAUUGGUGAAAAGCUUAAUGUUAUAAGAGGCGUUGCUGAUCAAGGAACAAAAUUAGCUGUAGAGUAUCGUGUACAUGAUGCUAAUAGAUUAAAAAGUGAAGUUGCUUUAUUAGAAAAAAUGAUGGCUGAUCUCCAACGUUCCACAGAACACCAAUCGAAAGUUGUAGAGCAUGACUUAGCUAGCUGGCAAAGAUAUCAAAAGGGGGUAUCAGAAAUUAAGCCAUGGAUAGAAGAAGCUGAAAUAAAGUUAGGAAAUAUGCCAAAACCUAGUACUCUACCUGAAGCUCAGCAGUUACAACAACAAUCUAGAGCAUUAAUUGCUGAUAGUGAUAAACAAUUGAUGAAUUUGCAAAUUCUCUCAAGUGUUAGUCAUCAGUUAUCUGGAAAAACUAGUGCACCUGAUGAGGUCGAUGCUAUUCAUUCUAGAUGGGCAGUAGUUCACGAUCUUGCUGACCAAUGGAACAAUAAACUUGAUAAACUUGUUAGCAAUUGGGAGAACUUUGAACGUGAAGCGGAGAAAAUAGAAAGUUGGAUUGAGAAUGGUGAAAAAUUACUCAACGCCCGCAACGUAUCAAUAGAAACUCCUCAAGUUGAGAAACUAGACCGCGAAUUAAAUAAACUGAAGUCAUUUGGAAACGAAAUUUCUCAACAACAAGCGAAAAUUAUCAGUUUGUCACAGAUAUGUGAUAAUAUUUGUCACAAUAUACAACCUGAAGGUGCCACAAUAUUGAAAAAUAAGGUGUCAGAUAUAAAGCAGCGUACAAACAAUUUAGCUGAUACAGUAAGAGGCAGAGUAAAUGAGUUGUCUGACAAGAUCAUUGUAAGACAAGAGUUUAUGACUAAACUACACAGUUUUGACAACUGGAUCACUGAUUUUAGAAGGAAGACUGAGAGCUAUGAUCAAAUUCCAUCGGACAAAGUAGAGCCAACGUUACAAUCAAUGCAUGUAUUAUCACAAGAACAUGCCGCUAAGGAACCUGAGUUCACUGAAAUUUAUAACGAAAUUAAAAAUAUGACUCUGUCAUCACAUCCCGACGAAUCUCGUGCUUUAAGUGAAACAUACUCAAAUAUUGCUCAGCACUAUCAAAUAAUUGAGAAUAAUAUUCAACAAAAUAAAGGAAUUUUACAGAAGUGGUCGGACCUGCUAAAUUGGUACGAUGAUACGAAGCAACAACUAGGACACAUCCAAUAUCAGAUUGAUGGACCAAAACUCACACCUGAGAGUUACGAAAUAUUACGUCAAGAGUUAGUAAAUAUUAUUACCAAAGUUCCAGAUUGGAGAAGUAAUGUGGCUUUAUUAGAUGGACCAUCAAAAGUAAAAGUUACUGAUCAAAAUACUGGUAGGAUUAUGUCCCCAACGAGUUUAGUAAAAGAGAUCGAAAUGAAAGCAGAUGCUUUAUUGAACCAAGUCACAUCAAAAAGGGAUCUAGUACAGAAAGUCGGGGCUAGAUGGGACAAAUUUAAUAUGCAAAAUAAUGCCUUGGCUCAAGUAUUACAUAACGUGCAGUCAGUUCUCAAUGAUAUGGCUCAAAAGCCCGUUCCACUAACUGAAGCUACUAUUCAGGAUAUUACAGAACAAUUAGAUAAACUAGAUGGGGAACUAAAAGACAAACAAUCCAUUAGAAAGGAACUUAGAGAAGAGGGCUUACAUUUAAUGAGAGAAGAUCAACCUAAUAUGGGUACAAUACAAAAUGCUUUGUCAUCUGCUGAUAAUAAUUGGGAUCAAGUUGUCAAUUCUGUACGUGAUACCAAAAAUAAAUAUAUUCUUUUAUCUUCUACUUUACAAGAGUUAAAGAACUUUACAGUUGCUUUUGAUCGGGAAAUGAACAGAGCAGAACAGUUAUAUAAUGAAGCUAAAGAUGCCCCUACUGACUACGUUCAAACUGCUCAGUCUUUAGAUAAAGCGAAAAAAUCUUAUGAGAUACUUAAGCGUUCCAAAGCUUUGCUAGACCAAAUGGAUGUUAUUAAGCAAUCAGUUUUAAAACAGGCCUCUAGUUUAGGUGGCUUUGAUACUUCACCACUAGAAACGGCAUUUUUAACCUCACAGACUCAGUGGGAAAAAGUAAACGAUGCUACAAUCAAGAGAAUACAAGAUUUAGAGUCACAACUUAUAGUUUGGAGGCAAAUUGAUGACACCAAAAAUCAAGUUAUAACUUGGUUGAGUGAAACUGGACAAAACUUAGCAAACGCUUGUGAUAAUCUAGAAAUCAGAUUUGGUCAGAAUCAUCUUACAAAAUAUAAGGAAGAAUUACCAAUAUAUUUAGGUCUGAAAAAUAGUAUUAAAACUAAAUGUGAACAAAUUGUAAAUUUAAAUAAAAAUAUUCCAACUGGACAAGUGUCUUCAAUUACGGAUUAUUUGGAUAAGGAAUUUGAAGCUUUACAAACAUUAGCAGAAAAUUUGGAAGGCGCCGUCUCUUCAUUGGGAUCAAAGGAAAAUAAAUUAAAAGAUAAUAUAAAACAUCUUUCAGAUCGCGUGAGCAAAAUCCGUGAUGAUAUAAUUAAAUGCGAUGAUAUGACAGGAGACAAUGCCAAAAUUUUAGAUCGUUUAAAGAAAUGCCAAUCUUGUAAAGUGGAAUUACAAAAUCUAAGCGAUGAAAUUGAUAAUGUGACUCAAAAUGUGUCCGAAAUGAAUGCAAAUUAUCCUGGAUUCUAUGAAUCUUUAGUGCCAAAAGAAUUAAGUACAUUACAAAAACGAUUUGAAAGUGUACUUAUACACGCAAAUAAAACAGAAACAACUCUUCUAACGUUUCUUCAGAAACUUUUUACUGAUAAGUUGGCAAUGUUGAAUAGAAAUUUAAAAAUUUUAGAUGAUAAGACAAGAUGGUGUAUGCCUGAUGGUAGUAGUGACAAAUAUAACUUAGAAGUAAAAAAUGCAGCCUUAGUUGACGUUGAGAAUGGUAUUGCGGAGUGUGUUACUAAAGUAAAAGAAUUAAAAGAAGCUAGAGAUAUUUUAAAUAUUGUCGCAGAGCCAGCUUGCGCUCAGGAAGCUGCCAUCCAAACAGAAAAGGCUCAGAAAAAUCUAGAUGUCUUAACAUCCAAUUACGAGGAAAUUAAGAGCAGACUUAAAGAAAAUAUCGAUGCUUGGCAAGAAUAUGAGACUUUGUUGGAGAACGUUUCUGACUGGUUAAAGGAUAAAGAAAACAAAGUUAGACAAGAAGCUGCUAAUUUGCUCAAUAUAAAUGAAAUCGAUGAUAAAAUAAAUGAAAUUGAUCAAGUAAACCGAAUAGUAAAAGAAUACCAAGCAGAAAUUAAUAAACUUACAGAUAUUGGAGAAACAUUGUCCCGUAAUCCUGACUCACGGGUGCUACAAUACAUCAAUCAUCUAGUAACAAGAUAUCAAACUGUUGGGAAAUUCAUGGAUAACCACCUUAAAAGAUUAAACGACAUGAAAAAUAACAAAGGAAAAUAUGAUAAAUCCAUUGUGGAAUUUAAAAAUUGGCUUCAGGAUGCAAAUUCAAAAAUUAAAGACUUAGCAAUGAUGAGUAAACAUUCCAAACCUUCUGCAGCUGAUUUGGAACAAGUUAAAAGACUGAACGAAAACAAAGACAUUGGACAAAAGUUACUCAAUAAUGCAAUUGAAUCUGGUGAAGCUCUGUUUAGUGGAAUUACUCCCGAAAGUCGAGAAGAAGUUAGAAAUGAGUUGCGAUCUCUUAGAAAUUACUUUGAAGAGUCUGUUGAUUCACUUAAUAAUGUCAUCAAAGAUAUUGAAACCACAAUCAAUAAAAGAUCGUCAUUUGAUGACACUUUUAACCAGGUACAGAAAUGGAUUAAUGAUAAAGAAAAAGAACUUGGAGAAUUCGUGUUAUGUCCUACACUUCCAGAGAAAAAAGCUCAACUCCACGCAAAUAAAAUUUUACAUCAAGAAGUUGAGUUACAUACAUCAAUGCUUUCUCAAUUGACGGAUAAAAUUAAACUUAUGCCUGAUGAGGAAGCAGAAAAAAGUUUAGCAAAAACUAUUGAUAGAUACCAAAAUAUGUCAAAAGAACUCGAAAAAAGAAUCAGCACAUAUGAAUCUCACGUAGCAGAUCACGAAAAAUAUGUUCAAUUGUUUGAAGACUGUCGCGAUCGUCUAAACCACAUUAUAGCAGAAAAUAGUUUAUUGAACUAUGGAGUAGUUACACAAAAAGAAGACGUUGAUUCUAGAAUAGUAGCUAUCGAAAAAGUUACAUCAAAAGCUAACGACAUUGAUAAAGUUCUCCAUGGUCUUAAAUCACAAUUAGAUACGAUUCUUCUGACAACAAGUUCUAAUGGCCACCCAAUUUUAAUUAGUGAAUUCGAGCAACUUAAGACUACUUGGGACCAAUUUGCUACACAAUGCAAAGAACAGGAUAAGAAACUCAAAGAUACUCUAAAACAAUGGAAUGAAAGUCAGAAAACUUUAGAUGAGCUUGAGGAAUGGUUAAAAAUAAAAGAAAAUCAACUAAGAGAUCAAAGUUUAAAAAAUAAUCUUGAAGCUAAAAUAGCUCAUUUACAAAAAGUUAAAGAAAUUCAAGUUGAGCUUGCUUCAAGAAGCAAAGACUUUGCAGCUUUAACUACUAGCAAACAAAAUCUAGCAAAUGAAUCUGAGUUAAGUAAUAAGACUUCUAAGCUCGCAACACGAUACCAUUCUCUAAAUAAUCUUGUUAAUGAAAUAAUUUCGAAGUAUGAGGUAUUUGUAUUAGAACAUCAACAAUUUGAAAAUGAUCAUAAUGAUAUGGAAAAAUGGCUAAUCGGAAUGCUUGGUGAGUUGCAAGAUCUUAAUGAAAUUGUUGGCGACUAUGCUGUUUUACAAGAAAAGCAAAAUAAAGCUAAGGAAUUAUAUGAAACCAGAAACAAGAAGACUCCAGCUUUUGAAGAAUUUUUAAGUCUCGGAGAAAAAUUAUAUACACAUACUAGUCCUGAUGGAAGAGAAAUUAUUCGACAAAAAAUUCGAAAAAUAAGGACAUUGUGGGAUAGUUUUGGAGAUAGUUUCCAGGAAACCGUUAACAAACUAGAUCAAUGUUUACUACAAUUUUCAGAUUUUUCACUCGCACAGGAGCAAUUAACUAAAUGGUUAAAAGAUGUAGAAAGGGCAAUGCAACGUCAUACUGAGCUUAAAGCCUCUUUAGAAGAGAAGAAAGCACAGUUACAAAAUCAUAAAAUAAUGCAUCAAGAAAUAAUGACUCAUCAACAGUUAGUCGAAUCAGUCUGCGAUAAGGCCCAACAGUUAGUUGAUCAAACACAUGAUGCUUCCUUGAACAUAUAUCUUCAAUCUAUAAAGCAAUUAUUCCAGAAUAUUGUUACUAAAUCUCAAAAUCUACAGGAUAAUUUGGAGGACUGCGUUAAAAGACAUGAAGAUUUAGUACGCCUUAUUCAACAAUAUAAAGAAUGGUUAGGAUCUCAAUCUGAAAAACUCUUGGAUAUUGAAAACGCUACUGGAGAAAAGCCUGAAAUUAUUAGAAAGCUGCAGUCAGCAGUUGCUUUAAAAGACAUUGAGAAGAUAGGUUCAAAUAAAUUGGAUGAAAUACGUAAUGCAUUUUCAUCUGUUAGCAAGAAUACAUCAGAAGCUGGAAAUACAGCUAUAAAAACUGAAAUAGAUAACUUAUUUGAGCAAUUACGUAACAUAGUUAGUAGCAUAGUAGUAUCAGAACAAAAAUUAAAACACACUUUGGAAAUUUGGAACAAGUUUGACGUUACGAUUGAACGUAUUACGGAUUGGCUCAAGGAUAUGGAAUCUAAAUGUCGUGAUCAAAGUCUUUGUUCAACUUUACAAGAAAAGGAAGCACAGCUUAAGCGUUAUGGUGAUUUAAGAAAUGAAAUCAACAGUAAAGAAAAGGAAAUUGAUGCAUUUGUUGAUGAGUCUCAUAGUCUCAUACAACUUAGUGGAGUGGAGCGUCUAAAACCUCUUGUUACACAAGUAAGUAGUCGUUACCAACAACUGCAUUUAAUUUCCAAAGAAAUCGUCAAUCACUGGUCUGAAUUAGUCUCAGAUCAUAAAAAAUACAUCCAACUGCGAAACGAAUUCGAUGCGUGGUUAAAACCUUUAGAAGAACAACUGUAUCAGAUCGUUACUAAAGAAGAUAAACUUAGUAUAGAAAGUAAAGGUAAUAAACUUCAAGUCUUCUUACUGGAAAGAGAUAAUGGAGAACAUAAAAUCACUACUUUGACAAAUGCAGGUGAUAAAGUUCUGCCUGAAACAGCGGCAAAUGGCAGAGAAAAUAUUCGCACAGAAAUAAGAGCUCUAAGAGAAAGAUGGGAUAAACUAAAUGACACCAUACUCCAACAACAAAAAGAGUACGAGUCUCAAACACUACAGUGGUCAAGUUACCAGGAUGUACUUCAGCAAACAUUAUCAUGGUUAGAUGAGAAAGAAAAGAUAGUGGAUUCUGAAGAAAAAGCUGUAUGUAAUUCAGCUCAGGAAAUUAAAUCAAAAUUACUGAAGAAUAAGACUUUAUUACAAGAAAUUUAUUCUCACAAAAGAGUUAUUGAAACCGUGACUGAAAAAGCUAAAAGUGUAGCAGCUACUUUACAUUCGGGUAAAGGAGAAAGCGAUGAAAUGACAUCUAUCAUCCAGUCAGUUUGGGAUAGAUACAACGCAUUAACAAAUAGACUAUCAGCUAUUAUUGACAAUCAUGAAAGUAACUUUGAUAUUUACCAGCAGUUUGCUGAUCAGCAGAAGUCCUUGCAAGAUUAUCAAAAACAUUUAUGGGAUCGUCUACACCUUUUAUCAGAUUUCACAGGAAAUAAAGCAGCUUUACAAGGAAAGUUAGCCAAAAUUCAAGAACUGUUGGAUGCCAUUCCUACCGGAAAUAACAAAUUAAAGAUCUUGUCGGAUUUAAUUGAAACCAAUGUUGCAAAAUUAUCACCUAGAGGUAAAGAAGGUAUGUCUAGAGAACUAGCUUUGCUGAAAGCCGACUUAGAGAAAUUUACAGCAACGGUUCAUGAUGUCAAACGAGGUAUCGAAGACAAAAUACAGCAAUGGAUUGAGUUUGAAAGUGCUAAUGAUCGCCUGCAGCAUUGGUUGAGCGAUACAGAAAUGAGCUUAAAGACUUACACUCCAAAAGCAACAUUAGAAGAAAAAGUAGAUCAACUAAAUAAAUACCAGGGUUUAUGUAAAGCAAUUGAUAAUCAUGAAAAUGAUUUAACCGCUGUCAAAAAAUUGGGAGAAGCUUUGGAUCAAGCUAUCUUGGCAAAUUUGAAGAAAACAGAGAAUGAUGUUGACAAAGUCACAGAUGAAUUCAGUGACCUAAUCGAAAAUUGUAAUGAUACUAGAAUAACUAUGAAUUUGCAACAAAUGACCUCACGCUUCCAAUCAGUCCAAUCAACAGCUAAAGAGCUUGUAAAGAAGUGUGAACAAGCUGUAAAUGAUCAUAACGCUUAUCAAGAGAAAUAUAAUCAGUGUACAGACUGGAUAAAAACAGCACAGCACAAAUUUGAGGAGUGUAAGAAGAACUUAUCAAAUACUCCAGAAGGUAUUAGUGCUAAGAGAGAAAGUCUUAAUGAUUUACUAAGUCAAAGACGUAAUGCUACUCUGUUGGUUAAUAAUACUUUUGAGUUAGGGGAAAAGUUAUACCCAUCUACAUCUCCUGAAGGUAAAGAAUUAAUUGAUCAACAGUUGCAAGAUAUACAACAAGCCAUUGACAACUUAUAUGAUAGUAUUACCAAGGCAGAAAGGGACCUAGACUCGGAAUUAAAUAAAUGGUCUUCCUUUGAAGACAAUCUCAAAAACGUUCAAAAUUGGUUAACUUUAGCCGAGAAAAAUUUGCCUAAGGAAAUUGAACUUAGAGCUACAUUGGAUGAGAAACGAAACCAGCUCAAUGUAUAUCGUACAUAUCUUCAGGAUGCAAUUGCUCAUCAACAAGAUAUCAGUAAUUUGGAAGAACGUGCUCAGUCCCUUCCUGAUGUAACUAAAGAUAUUAUAAAAGAAAUUAACCAACUUAAGCAGAGACACGAAACUAUACUAACAAGAGCAAAGUCUUUCGUUGAACAAUAUGAAGCUAUUGUUAAUAAUCAUCAGCAGUAUACAAAAGCAGUGAUGGACUUACAAGAAUGGGUAGAAGCUACUCAUAACACAGUUGCACUUUGGGGUGAUAUUAAUUUAGAAAGAGUAGCCUUAAGUAGCAAUUGUGAAAAAUUAAAGUCACUGCAGCUUAGUCUACCUGAAGAAAAAAAUCGUAUCGACAAAAUACGUUUGUUAGGUGAAAAAGUAUUACCUGGAACAAUUACCAAUGGACAAGCUAACAUCAGAAAUCAAAUAGAUUCCUCUCAUCAGGAAUGGGAGGGAUUGUUAUCAUUUAUUAAUAAGACAAUCGAAACUUUGGAAAAUAAAAUUCAACAAUGGAAUGAAUAUGAAAAUAUGAAAGAUCAAUGUAUGGCAUGGAUUAGAAAUACAGAUACCCAAAUUCAUGCUGUUGAUUUGAAGGCAACUUUGGUAGAAAAGCAAGAACAGUUUAAUAAAUUUCAAGAACUCCAAGGCGAGGUUCGCGCUAAAGAACUUGAAAUUGAUAAUAUUACAGAAAAGGCACAAAAUCUGUAUACUGGUAUUUUAGGUCCUCGUGGUUCGCAAAUCUCUGAUUUGUCUGUUAAGUAUCAAAGUAUUUCACAAAAAGUUAAAGAUUUGACUAAUAGAUGGCAACAGUAUGUUAAAACUCAUCAAGAAUUCGCAACUAACGUCACCGAAUGUUCUCAAUGGAUAGAAGAAUUAAGAGACAAAUUAGAUUUCUGUGCUGACUUGAGUUCCUGUUCUCAGGAUGAUUUAGAAACUAAACUAGUACUUAUUCAAAACUUAUUAUUAACAAAAGAUGAAGGAUUUACUAAAGUACAAUCACUUGUGGAGUUGGCACAAAAUGUUUUAGCUAACACUGCUCCAGCUGGUCAUGAAGCUAUAAAUAACUCCUUAAUAACAUUACAAGAACAAUGGUCAGCAUUAUUAUCAAGAAUGAUUGAAACAAAGAGUAUGUUAGAUGACUCGGUGACUAAAUGGGCCGGAUUUUUGGAACAAAUACAACUGAUAGAAAAGAGUAACAACUGGCUUGAAAAUAUGUUAACUGAAUUAACGCCAUUUGAAACAUCUAUUCUUGAUAAAAGAGCACAACUUGAAAAACUUAAAGAAGUGGAAGAGAAAGCACGCUGCGAUCGAAUAGAUUUUGAUACACUGAAGGCUAAAGCUACUGAAAUGUUAGCUAGUGGUCAACAAAAUCAAGUAGCAUCGCAAGCCCAAGAAACCUUAAAUAAAUUUGAUACAUUGUACGAUAAAGUAAAAAAAUUAUUAGCCGACCGCGAGGAACAGUAUAAAGAUCAUAGGUUAUAUAAAGAAGCACACGAUGAGUUAAUACAGUGGCUUAGUAGAGCAAGAGAAAAAGUCCCAUCUUUGAAAACUAAACCAUUGAGUGAUAAAUUGGCUAUAGAAAAUUCAGUGGCUCCUCUUGAAGCUCUAAUCAAUAAACAAGCGCAAGGCGAAUUAUUACUUGAACACCUUCAACAUACAGGUGAGGUUGUUUUAGCUAGCACUUCACCUGAUGGCCAAACCAUAAUAAAAAAUGAAAUGAAGGCACUCAAAGAAAGCUUUGAUGAUCUUUUUAAUGAAAUUAAAAACCAAAAGAAUCAAUUAGAAGAUACUGUUAGUCAGUGGCGUGAAUAUAAAGAUGAGUAUGAAAGACUUUCAGAUUGGCUACAGCAAAAAGAAAUCCUUAUUAAAAAUCAUAAACUCGCAUUACUUGGCACUGCAAAAGAGAAAGGAGCCCAAGUAAAUGAAGUCAAGGAGAUAGUGGACCAACUAAAAAAAGGAAAAGAUGACAUCGAUAACUUUAAUGCUUCUGCUGCCGGUCUUCUCUCUUCUCAUCUAGAUACAUAUGUCAACAAUCAACUCAGGCAUCUUAAUUCAAGAUACCAAGUUUUAGUAAAUAUGGCGAACGAUGUUCUAAAGAAAGUUGAAACAAAUUACGAGCAACAUCAAAAUUAUGAUGAUAAUUAUGCAAAAACCAAAAAAUGGAUUGAUGAUGCAUGGGAAAUUACUCGUACUGGAAGUGAAGCAGGUAGUAACAGCAGUAAAGAUUCUUUACAAAAAAGACUAGAACAAAUAGAAGAUUUAUUAAAGCGACGUGAAGAGGGCCAGAAUCUUGUUCAUGCUACUGUUAACAGUGGAGAAAAAGUACUAAGAAAUACAAGAUCAGAUGGAAAAGACAAAAUUAACACUGAAUUAAAAGAUCUACAAAAUGAAUGGGAUCGACUUGUUAAAAAAAUGACAACAGCAAAAGUUCAUCUCGAAACUGCAUUACUCCAAUGGGCUGAUUACAGUUCAAGUUACUCACAACUACAACAAUGGAUAUCAGAUAGAGAAGCAAAAUUACAGGAGGUGUGUGAGCAAAAAGUUGCUAAGUGUAAAAAAGGUCAAGACCGUCUCGCUGGUCUUACUACAGGCCUUGGUUUAGGAGAAAGGAAAGCCACACUCCGUCAAACAAACAAUAUUGUUCAAGAUAUCGUUUCGUUUGAACCCAUGAUUCAGUCUGUAACUUCUAAGGCUUCAGAGCUUAUGCAACAAGCUCCAGCAUCUGAAAUUACCAGUAAAUAUGAAACUUUAUCGAAACAAGCUAAAGAUUUAUAUGAAAAACAGAAAGAAACAGUUGAACAACACCAAGCCUUUAUUGAUGCUGGCACAGACUUUGUCCAAUGGAUUAGAGCUGCUAAAGAAAGAUUAGGCAAGUGUUCAGAUGCAACUGGAGACAAAGAAUCAUUGAGCAGUAAAAUUUCUCAACUUAAGGUAUUAGAAAGUGAAUUACCUGAAGGGCAAGCCAAACUGCAAAAAGCACUGGAGCAAGGAGAAAUAUCCUGUGGCCUUGCUGAUGAUGAUGAUAGGGAAGAUAUAGAGGAAGAAGUGGCUCUUAUGCAAGAAGAGUACGAUACCUAUGUUGAGCAGCUUAAUAAUACCAAAGCUUUAAUUGAGGGAGGUAUCGUUAAGUGGACAGAAUAUGAAGAGCAAUAUAAGGAAGCCUUAGAUUGGUUGUCAAAGACUGAGAAGCUAGUACAGUCGUUUAACAAACUACAAAAUGACUUAGAGCAAAAGAAAAUAGUGUUAGAGGAGUUCCAGGGACAUCUGCAAAUGCUGUUCGAUUGGCAAGGUGAACUGGAUAAACUAAAUAUGCGCGCACAAAUUCUUUUAGAAACAUGUGCAGAUACUAGAAUAUCUAACGGUAUUACUCAAUUGACAACAAAAUAUAAUGCAUUGUUAUCUCUUGCGAAAGAGGUCAUGAAGAGACUUGAACUACACUACCAGGAACACCAACAACACAAUGCCCUUUACGGAGAAUGUCAAGACUGGUUAGACAGAACACGUGAAAAACUUAACCAGUGCGCUGAUAUACCUAACAGUUUACCAGAGGUUAACAGCAAACUUAAUACAGUCAAACUUCUACGUCAAUCUUUAGAACAAGGUCAAAACAAAUUAAGGUAUCUCUUAGAACUCAAAGAGAAGGUCAUUAUGAACACAGAACAAGCUGGAGCGGCCAAGAUUCAGGAGGAUACAGAUAAUUUGAAACAGGAAUUCGAUAAACUUAUAGCUGAUUUACAAGAAGUUCGUAAUAAGUUGACUAGCAGAGCCGCUCAAUUUGAUGAUAUUUCUAAGAUACAUAAGUUACUGGUGGAAUGGCUAGAUGAUAUUGAUCAAAAAAUACAGUCUGAUGACUCUCUACUUAAUGAUCUAUCUGAAAAGAAAGCGAAGUUAGAGAAGUUCAAAACAUUCAACAGGGAUAUCGAUUCUCACAAUGAUCUCGUAAAGAAAUUGAAUGAAAAACUUCAGGAAGACUCCUCUUUGAAGUCCAAGGAAAUUGAGGAUACACUAAAACGUUACGAUGGUAUCAGAAAGACUGUCAAUGAAAUGAUUUCCAAACUGGAAGACUAUGUAAACUCGCACAUUCAAUAUAAAGAAGCAUAUGACAACUUCUAUGAUUGGAUACGUAAUUGCAAGAUAGAGAUCCAACAGUGCUCAGACUCACACGGCGAGAAGGAAGAAGUCCAAAAGAAAUUGAAGAAUGUUAACAAAAUCAUACAAUCUUUGCCUAAGGGAGAAGCUCUUUUGAGUAAAACUAUCAAACUUAGUGAAGCAGUCUUAAAAACUACUGGAAAUGAGGGCAAGGACAAUAUUAAUCAAGAAAUUAAACAACUUCAGAUUGAAUGGGAGAACCUACAGCAGAUUUGUAAAGACACGAAGAAAUUGUUGGAGAAAUGCAUAUCUGCUUGGUCCGAUUUCUUGGAAACUUCUGAAAAGAUGAGCAAAUGGGUGAAGGAGUUUGACAAUAAACUCAAGAUUGUACAAAAAGUUGAUAAAAUUACUCCUGAACAUCUUGAUAAAUGUCGAGAAUUACUAACAGAAGCUUUGGGCCAUAAACAAGUACUGGAGGAGCUAAAUGAUAGAUGCGAGAACCUAAUGGAGCUGAGUGCUUGCGCUUGGGUUCGUGAUAAGACUGUAAAUUUGCAAACUGAAUAUACGACUCUAUUAACUAAAAUACAAGGUUUAGUUUCUAAUGGCGAGAAGAACUUAUCUGAUCACACUGAAUUCAUCAAAGCCAAGGAACAACUUCAACAGUGGCUUGAAACAGCACAUGGUACUGUACAAGAUUCUAUUGGAGUUGGUGAUAUUGAUACUACAAAAGACAAGCUUGAGACUAUUAAGUUAGUUAGUAACCGCAUGACGGAAGGGCAUCAUUUAUUGAUUGUUUUACAAGAAGCCUUCAAAAAGGCAUUAAAUAAUACUCCACCUGAAGAACAAGAUGGCUUACGUAACGAUGUUAAAAUUUUGCAAGAAAGUUGGGACCAAUUAAAGAUAGAUCUCAAUUCUAUCACCGCUCAACUCAAAGCUGCUAUUGGUAAAUGGGACGACUUUGAGGAAUCAAAGAACAAAUUGAACCAAUGGAUUAAAGAUACAGAACAAAACUUAGACAAAGUUCCUCCUACUAGUGGUGAACUUGGAGAAAUGAAGACUUUGCUAGAGAAAUACAAGCACAUUGAAGAGGAGAUUGACAAGAAGAAACCAGAGCUAGAGAGGUUAAAGAGCGAAGCUGCCGAGCUCAGUGGAUGGGCAAAGAAACCAGCUGUUAAAGAGUCUGUGACAGAAAUAGAACGGAAAUGUAACGCAUUACGAGCUAAAUGUGCAGCAAAGAAAGCCGAACUGGAAUCCGAUAUCAAAGAUUAUAAUCAAUACCAUCAAUCUCUACAGGACACUGAAAAAUGGUUGUUGCAAAUAUCAUUCCAGCUGAUGGCUCAUAAUUCGUUAUACAUCUCAAAUAGGGAACAAACUGAAGAACAGUUAGCUCAACACGCUAUUCUCUUGGAUGAUAUACAAAAGUAUCGAUCAACUCUUGAUGAUUUAGAAGCGAAGGGGCGUGCUCAAAUUGAUAGAUAUGAGGCUACCACCCCAUCUAUUAAAGACACAGUUGGAAAACAAUUGAAAAACGUUAAUGAUAGUCAUAAAUCAUUGUUAGCGACAGCAUUACAAAUCGAGCGUCGUCUACGAGAGGGUCUAGCUAAAUUCAAAGAAUACGAAGACACUUUGGAGAGUAUUCUGAAUAAUUUGGAUGAAUGUGAGCCAGCUAUUACGGAACUCGAUGUACCGGUCGAUGGUCUUGCUCACGGUCGUGAAUUACUGGACAAAGCUAGGGCUUUGCAUAAUCGUCUGCAAACCGAGAAGAGUCGUCUCUCAGCUGCUGUGGCAGCAUGUUCAGCAGCUGCUGCAUCAGUAUCGCGACCAUCGUCACCAGCAGACACUGCCCCACUGCCGAUACCACCCAGAGAGCUCCACGUCCGAGCCCGCCUUGAGGAUCUCAUAGACCAGACACAUGUGAGUGACGUAGGCAACACUCCACGCAUCCAAUCCUUGCUUAACAAUCUGGAAACACCAGAGUACAACGAAAAGCUGAUGGCUUUCGAACAAAAGGUACAAAGUCACUUGGAGACGUUAGGAGAUGCUGUCCAUGGCAUGGAAGAAGCGAUGAAGCAAGUUGUAGAAAUACAGGAUUGGAUCACUGUACACAACGCAUUAGCACGUGACUGGCUCGCUAAUCCAUCUAAGUUAAGGCCAGAAGCUGCCAAACAAGAUAUUUCUGCAAUGAAUGAUGCUCUAGUAUCGCUCGGGGAAAAGAGAAAUAGACUACUUACUGAAAUCCCUACUGAAGGUCUAGAAGAUGAGAUCAAUCUAGAAGAAGAUUUAGGUAACUUAGAGCAGACUAUCCUAAAAGCUAUUGAACGUGAAAAAGGUAAUCAAGCCAUCAUUGACGACUUCCGUCAUAAAUGCCAAGAGAUUCAUGAUUGGUUUGAUUCAGUGCUGAAGAAGAUGUGCUUAGCAGACAAGGGAUCUGGUCUUCCAUGUCCUCAGAAAUUGAGUGCACUAAAAGAAUUAUCAUCUGAAUUUGGACAAGCUGGAAAAGAUAAAGUAGACAAUAUCAAAUCCGUUGGUUCACAAGUUAUUAAUAUCGUCAGUAAUUUGGAAUCGCAACAAGUUGAAGAGCAAAUGAAAUCCGUCGAAAGAAGAUACAAUGAUAUAGCUAAGCGUAUUCAACGUAAAUUGCAAAUGCUUGAAAUUACCUACAAAGCUAUUGAUGGUACUAAGAGUGAAGUAAAUGCCCAGAAUGAAUGGAUGCAGAAAGAAAUCGACAACAUCGUCCAUCCUGAACCACUUGGUUAUGAAAGCAAGUCAGUAAAAGAACGACAAAAGAAGGUAGCUAACUUAUUAAAAGAGACCGAUGGUAAGAAAACAGUCAUUGAUUCCUUGGAAAAGAAAGUUAGUAACAUUCAAUCAGAACUUGAACCUUCUGAACAAAUGCAAUUAGAAUCUGAAUUGUCUGAGCUGGCUUCCAAACAAAAACAACUAGCUUCUCUAAUUAAACAAGAGAUCGAGAGACUUGGUAGUUGUACUGAAGAUAGGAAAAAACUCGAAAAUGAUAUUGAAAAAGCCAAGAAUUGGUUAAAGGCCAAAUUGACAGAAAUUAAGAAAUUAGGUGGUCCAGUACCAUUAGAAGUAGCUAAGGUUGAAAAAGAAAUUGUGGUCCAUAAGAAGCACCAGGGUGAAUUGUCUGAUUUCCAUGAUAACUUAUUAAAUGAAGUCAUGCGUCAAGGAAAUGCUGUAUCUAAAGACUGCUCUAGUGAAGAUCGAGCUAAGCUACAAAAUAUGUUAGAAGAUUUGAAUAAGCAAUACACAUCAGCUAAAGUAGAUAUAGAUGAUAAACUUGCGGCGUUGAACAAACUAUUACAAGGAAGGACUGAUUUCGAAACGGAGGUCUCUAAAUGCCAAAGCUGGUUGAACGAAGCGGAGGUAGCAGCCACUCCUGAAUUACGUACCACUAGUCUUCAACUUCUAGAAGAACAAUUAGCUAAAUUCGAAAAAUUAAGCAAAGAAGCCGAGGAUGUAGAAAAGAAUAUAAAUAAAAUUAGAGACAAAUCUAAAGAUAUCAUGGACACUCUGUCAGAUUCAAAUAAAUUGCAACUUAAAGAACAAGUUAAUAUCCUUUCUGAUAGAUUUGCAAGGAUUAAUGCUAUAAUUAAUGACAAGAAAAAUAUUCUAUUAAAACAUAUCAAAGAAUACAAGGACGCUGCAGCUAAAAUCGCUGCUGCACUUGAAUUCUUACAUGAGAUUCAGAAUAAAAUAAAAGCUUUAAAUAAACCUAUUGGCAGCAAGGUCGAGGACGUCCAACCUAUUAUACAAGCAUAUGAAUCCAUUCUUGCAGAUCUAAAACAGAAUAAAGCAAUGCUUAAUGAAUUACAAGGCGGUAACUUACAUGACUUACAAGAUAUUCUUACACAACAAGAUGAUUUAAUGAGUACUAUUGAAGACCAAAUAUCUAAGUUGAAACAAUUACUAUUGUUACGAGAGCAAUUUUUCGCACUUGUUAAAGAAAUUGAAGAGUUCAUUUCUAAAUAUACAGACCUAACAAAUGAAAUCGAGAGAUCUAACGACUCACUUGAAGAUAAAAUUAAACGUUAUGACGAUAUAAUUGGUAAAAUUCAGGGCUGUGAAGCAUUGCUCGCGACUGCCACUGAUAAAGGUCAACAAAUAGCUGCAGAAGGCACGGUUAUUGAUAGAAAUAAUAUCACAGAAUUGCUCCAAUCUCUAAAACAACAGCUUUUAACUCUAAGAAGAACAGUAGAGUCUAAACGGCAAGAACAUGAAAGAGCUGCAGCAGAACAUAAGAAACUUGCUGCAGAUUUAUCUGAUAUAUUGCAAUGGCUUCAUGACAAUGAGGCUGCAGUACAUUCACGACCCCUUCUAAAUAGAGAUGUUGCCAGUGUUGAUAAAAAAUUGGUUGAACAUGCUACAUUAGCUAAAAACAUUCAGUCUUACUUGGAUAAAUUAACCAAAAUUACAGACGUAAUUAAGAAUGAUGAUGGCGUUCCAGGAUCAUUAUUAGAAAUGGUGUCUGAAGCCAACUCAUUAAAGACAUCUUUACCAGCCGAAUUGGCUAACCGAGAAAAAUAUUUGCAAGAAAACAAGAAAAAUAGACAGCAGUAUAUUCAAUUAGUAGAAAAGCUUAAUAUUUGGGUCAAUGAAGCUGGUAUUCGGCUUGACAUGGGCAAAAAUGGUACUGACUUUGAAAAUAUCGAAGCUGAUCUAGAAGAGCAUAAGUCAUUCUUUAACACAUCUGAGCCAGAAAUGAAAGACUUGGUAGGAAAACGUAUGCAAGAUAUUGUAGAUAAGAUUUGGCCAUCUCUAGCUGCUUCAGAACAGGAAGAACUAUCUAAGGAUCACCAAAAACACAAUCAACUCCUGAAAAAUACUUUGAACUCGGCAAAAUCUCGUCAAGCACAACUGGAACAAGAUCUGGAAAUCUGGAAAGAUUUUUGUCAGUUGGUGGAGAAGAUAAAGGCAAUCCUGGAUAAAAACGACAUUCAAGAAGAACCUAUCACUUCUGUGGAUAGCUUGAGAAUACAUCUCGGGAAACUGAACCACGCCAAGAACGACUUAGAGAACCAACAGCCGCUCCUGGACGUAGUUCGGGAGCGGGCCCGGGAGCUGUGCAGCGGCGCGGACGCAGCCAGUGGCGAGCGAGUUGAACAGAAGACCAGGGAGCUCACCGACAGAUGGAACGUCGCCUGUGAAGGUUUAGCAAAGCGAGCAGCUACUGCUGAUCACCAGCUACAGCGCUGGAACCUUCUCCUGGACGUCCAGAGAAGUCUAGCAGCUUCCAUCACGGCAGCAUCCGAUAGAUUACGGCAACUGGAUGCCAAUCCCAGCACCAGACGUAAGGCGUUGGACACCAGGCAUACUUUGCAGGAACUACAAAAUGAAGUAUCAAGUUUGGAGGACACCAAAGAUGAGCUACUUGAACAUGCAGACUUUGUCGUCAACAUCCUGAAGCCGCACUCCAAAGAACACGCCGGAGAAGUGGAGACGAAUGUCAAAGACUUAGUGGAGUCUUAUGAAAAAUUGCGACAAACUAUUGCGGCGAGGCUCGCGGAGAUCGACAAAGUGGUGUCCGAAUUCGACCGUGUGUCGGAGAGGAUUGACGAACUCCGACAACUGAUAGAAGUGUCUAUUGCUAAAGUAAAGACUUUCUACGUAUUUGGCGAGGACGAGACAGAAGGGGUACGUGCUCUCGCCAAGGAGGUCUCCGAUUUAGUUGAGCGUACUAAGAACUUCACCGAGGAAAGCAGGAAGCGUUACGGCGGCUCGGCUCCAGCAGACGUCGCACAAGACUUAUCCGCUUUAGAGCUGUCGUCAGAAGCGUUGACUGCGGCUAUGGAGGAAAAAGAAAGGGAGUGGAAGCGAGCACGUACUGCUCGCUCUGAGUAUGCUACUGACGUCGAAGAUGUGCAAGCAUGGAUUCGUUCAGCAGAGUUGACUGCGAGAGAUCGCACAUUACCCCCUGAGUCAUACAGAGAACGUCUGGUAGCUACCAGGUCAGAAGUGCCAAACAUUGCAGACCGUGUUGAACGAUUGACGCGCAACGCUCGCGCUAUAGUUGAGGGCAGCCGCGAUGCUGGAGAGCGACAGUUAGUUCAAUCUACGGUGGCCGCUCUUUCUGAACAAUUUGCAGCUGUAUGCAGUGAAUUGGAAGCUCGACAGGCAGCAGUCGAAGAUGCCUGCGAUGCUGUGUCUAGAUUCCUCGCAUUACUAGAGAAAGUAUUACUUUGGGUGGAGACACAACGUGCUUUCCUAGCGCGGCCUCUCCCAUUGGCCGACCUGCAGGAAACGCAACAAAAACAGACUGAAUAUGGGAAUGCGCUCAAGAGUUGUAAGCAGCAAGCUAAGAAUCUUGCUGACAUGGCCAAAGAAAUUGAAACAAUUGAACGCGUCACAAGUCCAGGGGAUCUUCCUUCCAGACUCGAAGCGGCUGAAAAUGCUACAGUUGAUGUUGAGAAGAAAUUGGCGAAAAUUAAUGGACUAUUACAAGAGCUAGCAGAAGAGUGGGAGCGAUGCGAGAAGAAAUUGAAAGAUGUUGGGCAUUGGUUAGAAGCAACAGCUAAAGCUCUAGAAGCGCCUCAAAAUGCAAAGAAGCCCCUCAGAGAUCGUCUCGCUUUCAGAGAGAAACUCAUAAAUGAUAUUUCUACACAGAAAACUAAAAUUUCAUAUGCAGUUGAAAAGCUUAACGUACACUUCGGUCCUGAAGGCGUGGCGGCGCAGUCCAGAGGACCAGAGGGCGUAGAAGCUGCUGCAAGAGAGCUGACAGCCUCGCUUGAUGCGCUUGGCACACAGACCGGCGCUCAAGCACAGCAGUUGGCAGCAGCGCUCGCACAAGUGGAAGCAUACUGUGCCGAUGUGGCACGACUACGUGCUCAGUUGCUGGAAGCUGAACAGCAGCUUCGGCACGCUGCUCAGCCCAACUAUAGCCCUCGCGAUCCCGACAGGGCGCAGAGACAACAACAGGAGGUCACCCGGCGUAUCGAAGAGCUGACUCGGUCAAUCUACGCGUUGGACCCCUACUACGUGAUGCCGCCGACACCGACCGAGGCUGCGGACGAGUCCGUGGCCACUCUGUCAAUGCUCGUGUCGACAGCGGACCACGCGCGUGCCAACCGGCGCGCGCGCUCCCCUGAGCGCCGUGACCGAAGGAAACCGGCACACGCACAGCUUACGCAACUCGCGACCCUCGAAGUCCCAGAAAAAGCACCUAGAGCACGCAGUCCUGCCUGGGUUCUUGGAGGAAUUACCUAUGCUGAGAUAGUUAAGGGAUAUGGCUCAAGAUCGAGCUCAAUUGGAUCUAGACAACCCAGUGCACAAAGACCAACUAGCGUACAGAAAGGGCAAUAUGAAUCAUAUGGUCGGCCAGAACGGAGAAGCCCAUCAAUCGACGAAAAUGUGUAUCGCAGUGAAAAUAUUAGUGUGCUCGUGCAACCAUGUGUACAGUGUGACCCGUCCGAUAAUAGGGUAUAUGAACCCAGUAAAGGGUAUAGUGAGUCUCGUAUGUAUGAAAACGUUAGUGAAAGUGGACCAUUUAGGGACAAUGUUAAUAUUUAUUACGACGAAUUCGUGCCUCAAACUAUAACCCACGAUAUUAAUGAAUAUAUUCCGAAAUAUCAAGAACCUCCUCAGGUAGAGGUAAAAUCGACAAGUACUUCAGAAACAUACGUCCCUAUACAGCAAAAUAUAUCUGAUCAAACUGUAUUGGUACAUCCAGCGACGGAACUAGGGCAUCUUGAAAAGGAGGAAAGGUCUCUCACUCCUACUACACAAUUUCGGCCACAAGAUUUAUCGUAUGCCGAAAUUUUAGCCCUUGGUUUACGUAAACAACCAAAAACACAAAGUAUAACCACAUUACCAAAACCACAGGUAGCACAAGUAGAGUUAGUUAAGGAAAUAGUAGUUGAGUGCGUUGAAAAAGAACCAUCUGUCAUUCAACCUGAGCCAAAAGUCGAACGUAUUGAACAAUCAAGAUCGAAACAACAAAGACCAUCACAACGUAGUCGUUCUAGAGAUAUGCCAAGGCAAAGACGUGCAUCUGAAAAACGUCCAACAAAAGCUCAUGACGUACAAAUUAUGAAGAAGAAAAAAACUACAAAACGCGUUAUUGAAGUUCAAGAAUUUGAAGAUGCUCCAGAAAAUGUGCAAACUAUAGAAUCUGCUGCAAUUGAAAUACCGCCUGCUUUGUCACGUAAUGAAACAAAUAUUACUGAGACAGGAACUAAGGAAAACACGAAAAAAAUUCAACACAGUCCUACAAUAGUGGAGACUGUUACAGAAACUUUUGCAACAGCACCUAUAACAGGAACUGUCGAUGAUAAUGAACCAAAGAAACCUAAAAAGAAACAUAAACAUAAGAAAUUAAAAACAUCUGAGGACGAAAUAUUGAAAGCACUUAAAGAAAUUGAAGAAUCAGAUAAACAAAAGAAAAAGAAGUCAAAAGAGUCCAGUGUCAAAGAAAGUACUUCUAAGUCUGUAAUAACAGAACCAUCUCACUCUGAAGCCAGACCUAUAACAGAAGAUUUAGAAAAACUUUUGCCGAUAACCGAUACUGAAGGAUUAACAAAAUCUAAAAAGAAAAAAGAAAACAAAGAAUACGACACAAAAGAUAUAAUAACUGAUUUUGUAACUACAGAAGCACAACACAAUGCAUCAGAAGUAAAACAAAGGAAAAAGAAAGGCCAUAAAGAUAAAACAGAAAAAAGUAACACUGCAGAUACUGUUAUUACAGAAUUAGCUAACAAAUCUUCUACAAUAAUGGAAUCUGAAGACCUAACAGUAAAAAAUAAAAUCAAUGAAUAUAAAGAUGAACUAAUGACAAAUCAAGACACUAAAAGAGAAAAAACAAAGGAAGAGGAAAUACAGGAAACUCUUAAAGAAAUAUCUGUAAGCUUACCUGAACAAAUUGCAUCAGAAAAUAUUCUUUCUGAAGAUAUACGUACUAUUCAGGAUACAUGUACUAAAUAUAUUGACUCCGCAAUCACUUCUGCUAUUACGAAACAAAAUUUAGAAUAUCACGACUCACCGUACAAACGUCAAACAAAUUAUACAAUUACGUCUGAUAAUGAUAAAGAUAACGAUGCUAAAUCGAAAAGUUUAAAUGACCCAUAUUCAGAAGAUGCAAUUGGAAAAAUCAAACAUAAGAAAAAGAAAUCUCAAAAAGAUAAACAAAAGAAUGUAAAAAUUGAUGAGGCUGAAACCAAAGCCAUAAUUAAGGAAUCUGAUAAUACUGAAGACGAAUUAAGAGUGCCCCAGCCACUUGAUUCGAAGGAGUUAGAAAUACAAGAAACCGAUGUCGAAGUUAGUAAUAUAAUACCAAAACAAAAGAAAAAGAAGAAAAAUAAAAGAAAUGAAAAGGUUUCAGAAAAUACAUUAUUAGAAAUAACGGAAGCUGAAACUUUACCAGGUGAUGCCAGUUUAAUUGAAUCGAUUGCUGACGAAAUUCCUAAUAUUACAGAACAAGUAAAAAUUGAUCAACCUUCUAAAAAUAAACAAGAACAGUCUAUAGAACAAAAUCUUUUAUAUUCUGAAGAAAAAACACUUAAACAUUCUGUUUCUGAAGAUACAUCUUUAAGCGAGCAAAGUGUCACUGUUAAAGAUGAGAAUCGUCUUGAGGAAAUCAAAUCUCAAAAGAAAAAAUCUAAAUCUAAGAAAUCUAAGAUAAUAGACAAUGAUAUAGAAAAGGCACUGAAAGAAAUUGAAUUAGCUGAAGCGUCAAAGAAAAAAAUAAAAGACAAACCUAUCAAACUUAAAGAAAAUAAAUCAAAGGUUAUUAAAGAGGAAAAUCUAUCAACGGAUUUUGAACAAAAAACAGAGCUAAGAACUAUGUCACUAGAUAAAGAAACUGUGCAUGAUGAAAUUAGAAACACAGAAAUAAUUCCGGAAAAUAUUAUUACAUUGGAUUGGAAUACUUUAAUGGCAGAAGAGGAAGGUUUUCCAGAUCCUACAUUUGAACCAAUUUUGAAUCAACCUGACACAAAAAUAUAUGCGGAUACUACACCUGGACAAGUAGCCAGUGAAGUAACAAUACUGCAGGAAACUAAUGAAUUUUUGUUAGGAGAAAAAACAAGUAUUGAAAAAGAGAAAUACACAUACUCUUCAGAUGCACUGGGCGAAGAGAUUAAAGAUAAAGAAAAAAUAAAUACAAGUAUUGCUUCAGUGCAAAAUGAAGAAAUUUUUGAGAAUGAUCCUAAAAUUUCUGAAUCAUUUACUCUCAAAGACGAGUUAAUACAACAAGAUGUAUCUUCUAGUAGUCAUAGUUCCACUAAUGAACAAAACAAUAAUGAUAAAUUUUUCUCUACAGAAUCACUAAAAGAAGGGUCCAUAAAUAUUGUGGAGCAAGUUACUAGGUAUGAGCCCUUAGAAAAAGAUAUAGAAACGCGUACUAUAUACUUGAUAACACACGAAGAAAAGAAAUUACCUCCUAUAAGAACUCUUAAAGUAUUUAGCAGCAAAAAUAAUUCAUUAGAAGAAGCUUCUAAUGAAGACAGUAUACUUGUUGAUGAAGAAACCGGCGAUAACAAAAUCACUGAUGAAAAGUCUUCCAGUAGUUUAAAAGAUGUAGAUAAAGUGGUUGAUGUUGCAUCAACUGCAGAAAUAGAUAUAGUGGAAAGUGCCACUGAAAAAGAACAUUAUUUAAUAGAUGAUCAUUUAAGACAAGAUAAUUUAUUGUCAAUGUGUAUUAAUGAAAAUAAUGAUAAGAAACCCGAUAUAUUCACUGAAUGCAAUGUAAGGAAAAGUAAGAAGAGUUUCCCAGAAGAGUUGUUAACGUACGAAAGCGUAGACUUAAGUGAGACGCAAACUAGGUUAGAAGCAUCUGCAGCAGAUAUUACUGGGGAAAUUGAACAUAAUAUAUCCAUCAAUAAACCCCAAUCAUUGCAAUCUAGUUCUAGUGUAGAACAUCUCACUGAAUCAGAGGAGAGAUUAAAUUUCAAAGAACAAAUACCGGAGACAAACAUUUCUUAUAGUGAAAAUUGUCUAUCUAAUGAAUAUACUACUGAUCAUCUUCAACCGCCUGAAUCAUUAAUAACUUCUUCUGCAAACAAUUUAGACAUAAAUAUUGAAAAUAAUUCAGACGAUAUACUGGAACAAGCCAUUUUUGGUUCCGUUCAAGACCGAAGUAAAGUUAUUGAUGAUAAGAAGGAAAAACUUUACAAUAUACCAUACAAAGAACUGUCAGAAGAAAUUAAAACAUAUUCAAUUAAUUUAGAUACGUAUGAAACAGAUUAUCAAUAUUACUUACUAACUAAACAACUUAAGGAAAAUGAGGAUAAUUUGAAAGCAAAUAUAACAACAGAAGAAACGACUUCUCCUGAAAUUGUGACAGGUUCUGUCAUUGAAGAAAUACAUUCACAGGAAAACCAAAAUAUUGUACAUGGUGAAUUAAAACAACACGAAAUUAAACACAUCGCUCAAAAUGAAACAACGAAAAGUAAUAUUAUUUUUGAAGACAGUAUACUUAAAUUCAACUAUCAGGUAUUACGCGAUGCUGAAUAUACACUUGCUGACUUAACAUCUCAAGAUCUUUCAGGAAGUUCUAUAGAAAAUGAAAAUAAUAUUAUAGAAAAGAACGAUUGCUUAUUAGAUAUUUCUAAAAAUGAACAUAAUGAAAAGUGUAUUGAAUAUAUUGAGUCAAGUAUUAACAGCCUUCAGAUACAUUCUGAAGAAAUUGUCCCAAUACCUAGUAAGAUAACAAACGAAGUAUCUACGGGUAUAAUUCUUGGAGGCAGAGAAAAUGUAGUUGUAAAUAAUAAUGAAUUAAGUAAUUAUAAUAUUUCAUUCCAAGAGAUACCACGUUUUAAUUAUUAUGAACUAAAUGAUGCUGAAAAAAUAUUUGGUUGUAAAAUGACUGAAAUUACCUACAAAAAGGAUGAACUUGAAAAUGAAAUAUUCCCAGAACAAAAUAAAAUAAUGGUACCAAUACAAAAUAAUCAAGAAAUUUAUGAAUCUCAUACCUCUGCUAAUUUUGAUUUGCCUAUUGAUAAGAUGAAUGAAAGUCAACAGCAAGAAACUUUAUUAGAAAUAUCUUACCAAAGUCAAAUUUUAAAACAAGACCCUAUAAUGUUGCCUGAAACUUUUAAUGCUGAUCAGAACAGCGAAGAAUCAUCACCUACUGAACAUCAUAAACAUGGAAGUAUAUGCGAAAGCAAUGUUGUGAAUAAAAUUGGUAAUAAAGAGCCCAUAUUUAUUGCAGUAGACAACAAUACCGAAACAAAUCCAAUUCAACAAAAAGUAUUUGAAAUACCACAAUUUACUUAUCAUGAAAUCAGUGAUGCUGAAAAUUUACUUGCAGUAACCCGCGAAUACUCUAAUGAUUUACAGAGUGAUAAUGUACAAGAAUCUAUUAUUAAUACAACUCCUCUUGUCGACGAAAAUACAAAAUCAAAUUCUAAAUUGACAUCUAGCGAAGCUCAAAAAGACCAACCAGACAAAGACAUAUUUUCAGAUACUAAAUCAACUGUGGGAGUAUAUGAAAUUCCACAUCAAAACUAUUGUGAAAUUAAUGACGCUGAAACAAAAUUAGCUUUAUUAGCAACUACCAAAGUUAUUGAAGAAACAGUUCAAAAACAAGAACUUCAAACUCCGACUGAACAAAAACAAGAAAGUAUGCCCAUAGAAAUUACUGGAACUUUAAAGAAUGAUGCGUCUUCUGUAUUUAAGGCUACAGAUAAUAUGUUACAGUCAGUCAUAAAUAAAAGUAAUCUUGUAUCAGAUAUAAAUGAUUUAAUGACUGAUGAGUGUAAAACAUCAUUUAUAAAUGAAUUGAAAAAUAUUACUCAAACAGAAGAUCCAAAUAUUUCUAGAGAUGUGACUUUAUUAUCUGAAGAUAAACUUGAUACAGUUUCUCAAAAUUUCGAUACUAAUAUAAUGCCAACAACAACAUCACCUUCGUUACAAAUAUCUCCCUCGCUUGAAAUAUCAGAACAAGAAGAUAAAUCGUAUAAAUACAUUCAUUCUUUCGAAAUCGAUGAUUUUGCUGAUACACUUGUGCCUGUGGUAUUUGGUAAAGAAGAUACAGAAAACUUUGAUGGAAAAGACCAAAAAAUAUGUUCUCUUCCUAUGCCUGAAUCUUCAGGACUUUUAUUAGAAGUAUCAACUAAAGAUAGGAGUGAGGCUGAUGUAUUUCCUGUACAGUCUGUAGUUAGUGUUGAAGAGUCUCAAUUAAAGCCUAAGUCUACUUCUCCUAAUGAAGUACAAAGUGAAAUAAUAGAUUCUUCCUUAACUGAUAAAAAAAUUACCGAAGAAUCGAUAGAAAAAGACUUGCAAUCAGAAACUAAUGUUUCGCUUAAUUAUUCUUUAGAGACAACUAGUGUAGAGCCAAGUUUGGUACCUCUAGAUAUAACUCCAGAUGAUGUAAAUAUUAAUAAAGAAACAAAUCAAAGACCCGAAAAGUCUCCAAUACACAGUUUGCACGAUCUCCUUCCCGAAAUAGAUUCCAUUCCCGAAUUUAAGCCUUCCUAUUCGAACACCGUAAUUUAUUCUAAUUUAUCGGCUGAUGCACCAGAAUUUACUCCUUCUUAUAUGUAUCAACCUGCAAGUAAACCUGAUCAGAUUGAAGGAGAUGUUAUACAAAAACAAGAGCUAAACAUAUCUGAAGAAAAUAUUGAAGAUCUAAAUGUACCAACAAAUCUGGACACAAAUAUUGAGGUCAAACCUCCUAAAUCUUCCGAAUUAUUAUCAGAUAAUAAAAAUGAACAGUAUCCGGAUUCAAUGAAAAUAUCAGUGAAUGAAUCAAUAUCAAAAUCAAAUAUAUUAUCAGAAGAAAUUAUUUGUGAAGAAGAAACAGAUACAAAGUUAAAACGUAACAAGAAAAAGAAAAAAGAUAAAAAAAUACCUGAAACUCUUGGUAUAGGUACAUCAGAAUUUCCAACUUCGUCAUUUGAUUCAGAAGAAAAUACGGAACCAGCCAACGUUUGGAUGAAAAUUUCAGAAGAAGGUAAAUCUUACGCGGAAGUUGUCGCUGAAGGGAAGUUAUUAUUACCUACAGUUACACAAAAAGACAAAGACGUUUCACAAGAACCUAAUGAAAUGCUGAAAUACACUGAAGAGGAAAGACAGCCUCUGGACUAUGAGUUAGAAGUAGAAAGAACUAUAACAGAUAGUAUCCAAGAUGAUAAUAAUUUAGAUUCAUGGGCAAAAAUAGUAGCAGUUAAUCGUCCAUCUCCUGAAAGAACUCAGAAACAAAUAGAAAAACACGAUGUCACUGUGCAUACUUCUAAACAAACGCCCAUGAUCUUAGUAGAUGAAUCUGAAUGUGGAGCCCUUAAAGUAGAAAAAGAAAUUGAUGCUGAAGGAUUUAUCACUGUUGACAGACACAGAAGAUCUAGAUCUCGAUCUAGAGAUAACAGAUCACAGUCAUCGUCGGUUAUAUCCGAAAUAAAAGAAUUAAGGGACAAAUCUGAAAACAGGUUCGAUGCUCUUACAAGUACUCUUAAACCAGAUGAUAUUGAGUCAGCUCAAAGCAAUUUAUCGGAAGAUGAAAAACCGAUAAGGAAAGAAAAAGGUAGGAAACAUCGUUCUUCUAAAUCUGUGGAAAAAGAUAUUAAGAAUAUAGAAAUUACACAAACUAUAUCUGAGGAGGAGAGACAUAUUUCCAAAAAAGAUAAAAAGAAGCGACCUUCUAAAUCUAAAGCAAUAAUUACAAAGACUCAGGAAGAAAAUCCGGAUUUAACUGAGAACAUUGAAAUUCCUGGGAUAAAUAAAAUUGAAAAUGAAAAUAUUGAAAAUAUACCUAAGCUUCCGAUUGAAAUAAAGGACGAUUUAAAGGAUAGUAAAAAGAAGAAUAAAAAGAAGAAAAAACAUAAUAAACACGAAAUUGAAUUACCUGAUUCUACUGAUGCCACUAUUGAACUUGCUAGUGACUCUCAUGUUGAAAUUCCUAAAGCUUCAUCACCCAUUCAGUUAACUGAAACUUCUAGUAUUACCAAUGCUGUAGUAAUCGAAGAUAAGAAAAUUGAACAAAUUGACAGCUUCCAUUUUGAAGUAUCUGAGGCAUUGUCGCCUAUUAAUUUAACUAGAACUGCUUCUAGUAAUAUUAUUGAUACUUCAGUAAUAGAAGAUAAUAAAAUUGAUGAUUCUAUUAAAACAACAGAUACUUUGCCUUCUUCUCAAGUUAUUACUGUAGAGCCAGUAACUCUCUCAAAUCCUGAAAAUGAAAUUACUGAAGAUACUAAGUUGAUUAAGACUUCUUCUUCGACGCCUGAAUCUUUACAGACCCCAGUAAAAGAUAGGGUUUAUUCAGAUGCACAGUACUGGAAAGUUGAUCCUAGUGGUUUAGACGACUUAACUAACUUAUCUGAAGUAUUAACGGUAGAAAAAAUUGAGACUAUUUCAGAACCUCCUCAGUUGAUGGAAUUAGAUUCAAGUUCUAAAAUAAAUAAAGAAUUUGAAGUUAAACCAAUGCCUGCGAUGGAAAUUCUGAAAAUGGAUACAACAAAAGUUAAAAGAGAUGUAAUUCAAGAACAAAAAAUAACAGAAGAACAGUCACUUGAAAACAAAAUGGCUGAUUUACAAAGAGAAAUAGAAGAAAUGCUCCUCCCCGAAAAUGAUUCUUCGUUAAUUAGUGAUGAAAUACUUACAAAUCUCAACGUUAUUGAAACUUCUUCAGAAAACCAAAUCGAUAACAAAACUGAUUGUAUUACUACAGUAUUAACUACUACCGAACCCGAAAUAGACACAUCUGUUAGUCUCAAAGAACAAAGUAAAUUAUCUGUUUCAAAUGAUAAUUUGUCAGAUAAACACAUUAGUGAACGUAUAGUAGAUAUACUGCUAGCAGAUUCUGCAUUUGAAACGUCUAUUUCGUUACCUACGAAACCCGAAAAUGUAAGAAUCCUGACGAUUAAAGAUGACGACGUGACCCCAGUAGAAUCGAAAGAAGAAAAAAUAGACACUGAGCAUGUGGUUCAAAUAACACCAGAUACUUUGGAAGAGAAAUCUGCGGAAUCUUCUAUUUCAACUGAUAAUAUUUUGUCUGCAAGUAAUGUAGCAUAUCUUAAACAAGAAAAGUAUUGGACACAAAAAUACGCUAUAGAUGACGCGGAACGUUUAUUAUAUGAACAAAAAUCUGAAAAUAAUCUUGUUUCUGCACCACAACAAAAAAUCAUUACUAAAACCGAAACAGAAACUCUUAACCCUGAUCCCAGUUUAAAGGAAAAUCUCAAAAAAGAAACUACAUUUUGGCAUGACAAAUAUUUGUAUCAUGAUGCGGAAUUGCGGUAUUUCCUUCUAAUGGCUAACAAAACAAAAACUCCAACUACUAAGGACCUAGUUGAAAUUAUUGACCGUAGUGAUAAAGACAAAGACCCGGACAGCGGUUCAGGUCAUACUUCCGAAUCUGAAGAACCAAAAGAUUCUCGUGAAUCGCCUUUCGAUUCUAAUUACAUAUCCAUGGACUUGCCUGGUGGUAUAUGUAGUUGGAAAGACCAAAGUUCUUAUUUAAGCUUAGAAACACCGACUGAAUCGUUGACGGGUCUUAUUAGCGAGGAUACUCCAAGAAUAGGGACGGACAUUCUAGAGGAUAUACUAACAACCUCAACCCCAGAACCAGUUGCCCCAAUCCCACCUCCACAGGGACCGGCGGAAGGAGAAACACAGCACCGGACAGCCAAGGAUGACUUGUCUAAUGAUAUUGAGAGUCUUCUUGAAGAAGUGAGAAAUAUCCAAACUCGACUAUCGGACCUGCCUGACGAGAGUCUCCAUGCAAUGGAAGAUGGUCUGAGGGAGGGCAUCCAAGUUCUAGUCAAAUGUGAAGAGGCAGCAGAACUGUUGGAAUCCAAGAUCAUGGAAUACCGGCAGGAGCAGGAAAUCCAAACUCUGUUGAAAGAGUUAAUUAUCAUUAAAGCAAGGAUCUCAAAACUUUUGACACAAGCGCGACAGGGGCUAGACGUCAUCCAGGUAAGAAAGGAUGCAAAAUUAGAAAUGGCGAAACAAGCCAAAGAUGUGGAGGAGUUAAGAGAAAAAAUAUUCAAACUAGAUAACUGGCUUGAAAGUAUAAAUAAAGAACUGAAGGAAUCCAAUAAACAGUUGGAUGCAUUAACAGAAGAAGAUAUUGUCAAAUAUAUGGAAGUAUAUGAGAGAUACAUCAGAGAGUAUGAAGAGUAUGAAAUUCUAUUGAAAAUUAUUAAUGUCACAGGCCGAGAUGAAACUAGUCAAAUGUUAAGAGAAAAGUUGAAUGUUACGCGAAAGACAUUAGCAGAAACGAGGAGUCUAGUCACUAUAGAGAUUGAAAGAUUAAGACAGCUAUUACUGCAUAUUCGAUCCAUACCAGAACCGGAACUAGUUGAGGAUGAUAUAUCACAAACAGACAGGACUAUUGAUUCUACAUCAAUGCCAGAAGAAAUUGUUUCACCAAGGGAAACCGAAAUUCCUAAACAAAGAGUUGAUGUUCCAAAAAUUGAACCUGCUAAGUCACCUGAAAUUAAAGCUGUGCAAGAAAAUGUUGAAGUCAGAGAUAUAGAAAUACAAGAAGUAAAACCAACUGUAACUACAGAUACACAAACUGGUAAAAGCCUUAUGUCAGAUAGUAUAUCUGUUUCUGACAAAUCAAUUAUAUGUAAGCCGGACGUGAAAAGCACAAAAGAUAUUUCAAUUACUUGUGCACCUCCACAAGAAAUCGAAGUCCAAACAAGUGAGCCACAUUCUCAAGAAAAAGAAUUGCUUGAAAGUAUUCAAGUACGACAAAUUGUGUCAGAUGAUCACGAAACUAUCGAAAUCGCAAGUAGACCUCUAUUAAGAGAAUCCAAAGUUGAUGAGCAGUCGUUAUUUGUUGAUGCUAACUACAAAGAUGGCAAUUUAAUGAAGGAUUCCCAAUUAAAUAUUAUACAUAGCCUACCACAAUCCUUCGAAACUGUUAUGGUUGAGCCAGAUGAAACAACUACCGAAGUAGUGGUGGAUGCUGAUGGUACAAAGAGGAUUAUUGUUAAGAAAAUAAGAAAGACUUUAGUAACUAGACAACAAACUAUACAAACUCAGCAGCAUAGAUCACAAAUACUUUCCAGAGAGAAUAUCCCCGAAGAUCAGUCAUUCUCACAGAUCACUUUACAUGAAGAUAAAGGAUCUAAAUCGACCACACUAGAUGAUGGUGGAAUUCAACAUAUCCAAUAUCAAACAUAUGGAGGUCAAGUAAUAUCAGGACUACCAGGUGGUGAAGUUAUGAUACAAGAAUUCACUUCGAAACCUGAUAUGGUAGUUAGAAUGGAACAAGGAAUGAAACCAGAGGAAAUUCUUCAAAUAGCGGAAGGGGAAAUUCAGCCCCAUAUUCAAACUUCAUCGUCUAGUGUCACAGCUGUUGUUCAACAAGUUACCAAAAGAAUAGUUAAAACAAAACGUCGUAUUAUACGUAGAGUCGUAAUAAUUGAUGGUAAAGAACAUGUUACUGAAGAAAUAAUAGAAGAACCAGAUAACGUAGAAGUUUUCGAGGAACAAAUACCUAGAGUAGCUAUUAGUGUAAAAGAUCACGGCGGGGUACAAUUCGAACAAAUUGAUGACUCCCAUGAUAAAGAUGAUAAUCAACCACCUUCUGAUUCAUCUGAUUUAUAUAAAGAAUCUAAAACUCCAAAAGAUCAAAAACAAAAGAAAAAGAGUGAGAAAUCUGUUACAAGCACUGAUAAAGCCGACAUAGAAAAAAGUACAACAACUUCUCAAACACGUAAAGUUAAUCCAGUAGAUUCAGUUACCGUAGAAAAAACUCCAUCAAAUGAGAACAUUCAAAUAUUAGAACAGUCAUACAAUGUUCAAGAACCAAUAGAACCUCAAACAAUCUUGAUUACGGGAGGAACUCAAUAUUCAUCUACCGAAUUAUCUUCAAAUGUUGCAACUGUUGUUCAAAAAGUAACUAAAAAAAUUACUAGAACAAAAAGACGUAUAAUUAAACAUAUUCAAAUAAUUGAUGGCAAAGAGCAUGUUACUGAAGAAGUCAUUGAUGAACCUGAUGAUGUAGAAAUUAUAGAAGAAGAACCUAAAAUCACUCACGAUAUACAAACUCAAGGUAUAAAAACAAAACGUAUCAAAGUAAUACGACAGGUUCAAAUAAUUGAUGGUAAAGAACAUGUAACGGAACAAAUUGUAGAGGAACCUGACGAAGAUUUCAUUCCUGAAUCUACAGUUACUGCCGAAAUUGAUGUAUCUAUAAAUAAACCUACAAUAUUGGUAAAAUCAGAACAAGACGAAACCGAUAUUGAUAACGUAACAUCAACGAAAAAGUCUGCUGAUGAUCAGAUAUUUAAAAUAACAAAAAAAAUACCUGAACUAACUUCCGUCACCUCAAUAAUAACAGAAGCUGAUUUAGGCAAAGUAGAUGUACAGGAAAAUUUAAAUACUGAUUCUACUAAAUUUAAUAUUUCUCCAGAUAAUACCGUGAUAAAUAUUACAAAAAGUUUAGUUGACAGUGAAAUUCAAUCAUCCACUGAUUCUAAAUCAUCAGAGUUAAUACACAAACAGGUUGUGGAAAAGCCGAAUAAAGAAACAAGUAAAGAAAGAAAGAGUUCUAAAAAAGCAAAAAAAGUGAAGGAUUUAAAACCUGAUAAUGUCGCUUUUGUGCCAGAAAUCACUAAUACAAUUCCUACAGAAAAUUCUUCUUUAAAUAUUGACAAAGAUACAUCUGUUAUAAACCUCACUAAGUCAUUGAUUGAUAGUGAAACUAAUCAUUCGAUUCCACUACUGUCAUCUGUAGAAACAAAUAAAGAAAUUCUAAAGACUAAAAUUGAAGAAAAUAUAACCGCCGAACAGGCUGGAACAAUUCCAGAAACUGUUCUUGAAACUACAGAACCUGUAAAUACAUCUAUAAAAACUAUAGUAGAAAGUACAGAUUUUCUAGAAAAUUCUAAACAAAUUCCUUCGUAUACAACUAUUAUCGAAAAAUUAAGUGAUGAUUCCCAAAAAGAAUUAAAAGAUGAGAAUAAACUUAGAAAUUUACCAGAAAUAAUAACAAACCUUCAAAAAACUACUGAUUUUGCUGUAGAUAAAAGUUCAGUGCCUUCGGACCAAAGCAAAAUUGAAAAAAUAGAAAAAGAAUCAGUUGAUAAUAUUUCUAAGGAAACUUCUGAUAUUGACUUAACGGAUAAAGAAACAAUACUGUCUGAGGAAAAUAUAUUUAAAUCACCGAUUAACGAGAUUUUAUCGACAAAAGAAUUGAUAGAAAAAGAAAGAAUUCAUAGCGUUAUCGAUAGCACUUUAGAUAAUAAAUAUGAUCAUAAGACGCCAUCACAAUCGAUGGACAUUCUAUUGGACAAAGAAGUAAUAAAAGAACUUCCCUUGGGAGAUACAGAAUCUAAAUCCAUAAUAAUCCUCAAAGAUAAUAAAGAACAUUCACCAGAAAUAAAAGAGGAACCAAGUAAUAAAAAUAUAAAAACUGAACAUGAUAUUGGAGAAACACAAACACAAUCAACUCUUCUCCUACAAGAAUGUAAAGAGAUAUCCUCAGAUAUUCAAAGAAAUCUAUCAACUGAUGCUACAAUUAUAUCCGAGAAAAUUGGUUCCAUUAAAGAAAUUCCAAAAGAUAAUACAAAAUCAUCUACACCUCCAGGCGAAGGUAUUCCCUUACUUGAGAAAAUAGAGGAACCAUCAAUACAAUAUAUUAAGUCAAAAGAAGAUAAUGAAUACAGCGAUGAAUUGGCUAAAAAUGCUACAGAUUCGACGCUUUCUCCUAAAAAAGGUAUGGAUACUGGUCCAAUAAAAGCAGAAAAAACUGUAAGCCAAAUUAAGACAGAAAAAGCACCGACACAUAUUUCUGUAGAAGUGGAACCUUUAUCUACAGGAAACAUAGUAACGGAAACUGUUAUUUCCUCUUUACCAGGAACUCCCCAAUAUUCUUACAUUUAUCAGUUUGAACAUACAGCAGAUAAGAUAGAAGAAAUACCUGAAAAAGUUCAAGAUCCUAUUGAACCUUUGCCACACAGUGAACAAGAAACAAUGCCUUCUGAAAUCCUUGAAACGAAAGAUACAGUAAUUUCCAGUAAGCCAGAUACUAAAUAUGAUAUUAACUUGCUUCUUGAAUCAGAACGUCGAGAUACUCAUUUACGUGGAUUUAAAGAUAGAACUCCCUUGCCAGACAAUGAAUUUAAAACCAGUGAAGACAUAACUGUGGAUCCUAAUAACCUAUCACAAACUGUUGAUAUAUCGAUGUCUAUAGCUAAAAACAUACCUAAAAAAUCUAAACCAAAGGUCCAAUUUGACAUAAAAGUUGAAGAAUUUAAGUCUGCACCUACUGUUGUUAAAAAAGACAUUGAUGUUAACUUACCAAUAGAAGUAAAAAUAACUGAAGAACACAUACCUACAUCUGUAAUUGAUAUUGUAAAAGAGGAAGAAACAAUUUCUAGUAAAAUUUCACCUGAAGUGUCAAUAAAAGAUCAUAAACGUAGCAAAAAAAGGAAAAAACAUAAACAAGGAUUAGAAGACAGUGAAAAAGAAAUUGACACGGAAACAGAUAAAAGUGUUACUGAUAGUGAGAGCACAUCUUUGAGUCACUACGUGGAACUUCCAACAUCACCACCUAUUGAAUCUCCCAAACCUACAGAAGAGAUUCUAGAGCCAACCAUUGAACAAGAUUCAUUAAUUAUAGAGUCUGAAACAAUUUCAGAAGAAAAAGGUUAUGAACCUGAAGAUGUUUCCGUAGAUCUAACUAUAGUACCUGAAAUAUCCGAAAAAAAGAAAAAGCAAAAGAAACGAAAACAACAUGGAAUUAGUGAGGAGACAACAUAUCCAAAAGCAAGCACAACUGACUCGGAUGAAACUUCAGUAACAACCCCUACAGAAAUUAAGGAGCCAACAGAAAGUAAUUUGAAAGAUAAAAGAAAAAAGAAUAAGAAGAAAACUGAAUCUGAAACAGAAAAGCUAAUAACUGCUCCAGAAACAAAACCAAUGAGUCCAAAAGUAGGAAGUGAAACAGUGGAGGAAUCACCAAGAGAAGAAUCUUAUCAUACGAUGAGUGAAGUAUCUGAAAGCAACACAGUGAAGAUAGUUGAAGAGUGUGUACAAAGUAGUCCUGAAAUUGUACAUAAAGAAGUUUCUGCAACUAUCACAUAUCCUGUUCCAGUUGUAGAAGAGGUAAUCACACAAGAAUAUUCAGUACAAACAUCUCCAGAAGCAUCCAUUGAGCAAGAUUCUAUAAAGGAAGAUAUUGAAAUUAUAAGACCAGAAACAGUUGAUAUUGUAUCACAAACAUCACCAACACCUAUAAGUGAAUCUUUAGUACAAACAAUACCUAUAGAAGAGAAAGAAGUUCAUACUCAAACAAGCGAAGAAGUUACCAUCUUAGAAAAAGUGCCCAUGUCAGAUUCGGAAAUACAAACAAGUAAACCAGUAACUCCAGAAAUGAUAGUUCACUCUGAGGCAACACAAGUUAUCCCCUAUGAUAUUAAUGUACCUGACGACAAGUUCUCCCAAACUUCGUCACCAAUUCAAGAACCUACACAAGAAGAAAAAUUCGUAACUGAAACAGAGACUAAAGAAAUUCAAACUUCUCCAGUAGACGAUAAAAUAAAAGAAGAGAAAAGUACUGAAAUUAUCAUAGAAACAAGUGAUACUGACAUUCAAACUACAACACAAGACAUAAUUGAUCGUGAAACUUCUACAUCGCCUGUAAAAGAAACAGAAAUGGUAGAAAUGAGCAUUCAAACACCUGAAGUUCCUGUUGUUAGUUCAUAUACACAAUCAGAUGAACCUAAAUCUAUUAAUAUAGAGGAAUCUGAAGAACUUCCUGUCAAAGAUGUAAUUACUGUUGAUACUAUUCAACAAACAUCUCCAAGAGAUAUACCUGAUCAAUUACCGAAUCUUGAAAUUGUAAAAGUAGUAGAGACUGUUGAUAGUACUCAACAAAUUUCUCCAAGACCUGAGCAGCUUUUGGAAAUUCAAGUCCAAGAAAAUAUCACUAUACCUCCGAUUCCAGAAUCUAAAGCCGAAAUUAUUACAAAUGAUAGUACACAACAAACUUCUCCAAUAGAAGACGUUGUAGAAACGCCGCUUAAGUCUCAUCUUGAAUUAGCUAAAACAGAUAUAGUUACAAUGGAUACAAUUCAACAGACUUCACCAAGGGAUUAUUCUGAGACUUCUAUCUCUACAUCGACAGACGAACCAUAUGAAGUUCAUUUACGUGCUCAAAUAUCUAUUCCACAAUCUAUCACCGACUUUAUUGAAAAUGAACGACAAUUUCAGGAAAAAGAACAACCACACUCAAUCGUUAGUGAAAAACAUAAACAAAAGAAGAAGAAACAUAAGAAGAAAGGCGAUUCACCUACUUUACAUUCUCCGGAAAGUUUGUCAGAUCCUAUAACUACAGAACUUUCAAUGUCCAUAACGCCAACAAGUGAAGAUCUCUCUAGUAAAGAUGCAUCCUCAAUAGAUGAAGGUAUUUAUCAAGGUUCAAUGUUAUCUAAACAACAAGAUAUUAUUAUUGGCACACAACCAAAACUUACUUACUCUGAUGUAGUUCAGCGAUCUAAAUCUAAAUCACCAUCGCCAACUAAAAGUAUCCUUUCAUAUAAAACAGAAAAAGCAAAAUUGCUUGAUACUCUACAAAAACGUACACAAUCUGUUAUUGAAUCUGAAAAACAACCGAAUGACUCUAUGGCUUUAGUCUUGUAUGAACCGGACGUUGAAAAAUCAUAUGAUCUUAUACUAAAUAAAGAAAUCGAUGAAGUGAAAAAUGCUGUAGAAAUGAAUGAUCGGUCUAAAAUUGAGAAAAGUACUAUUACUAUUAUUGAAACUAUAUCUAUUUGGUUAGAAGAAAUUCGGUAUAUGAUUCAAAAUGAGACCAUAACUGGUAUUAAAGAAUCUCAACAGACUGAUCGCUUGCAAUCUCUACAAACCCAAAUUAAGAAUUUGAAAGAGUUAAUUGACGUAACUGAAGUAAAUGAAGAAAUAAUUACUUUAAUUGAAACACUAACACAUCAAGUUUACGCAGUUAAUUCAUUAAACAAGGAAAGUACUAAAAAAGUGCAAGAAAGUGAAUCAGAAUGGAAUAAGUUCUUAGACGAAACAGAAAAACUGCAUAAGAUAGUGCUAAAUGUGAAAUCUAAUCUUGAUGACAUUAUCAUGUCAGAUAUACCAACACAACAGAAAUUAGACAAACUGGAUAAAUUGGAAUUAAAUAAUGCUGAUAAUACUGAUAAUGUUAAGAAACUAUUUACAAGAUAUCGCAUACUUUCUGAAGCAAAUUCUAAACGGGAAUGUCCUUCUGUGCUUUAUAACUGUGAUGAUGAUACAAAACAAAUAGACAAUGUAAUCAAUACCGAAAGAGAUCGUCUUCUACAAUUAACGUCAUUAGCUGAAGAAUAUGAACAAACUUUGCAAGAUUUUGGCCAGAUCACCGAUGUCGCUGAGGCUCUUCUCGAUGGUAAAAUUAUAGUUUCAAAUUUGGAUCAUUUACAUGAGGAAAUUCAAAAACACAGAAAGUUCUUUGUUAAUUUAAGUCAUUGUAGAGCUAUUCUAGAAUCUUUGGAAGAUAACUUGGAUAGUGAAACAAGAUCAAAAUAUGCAUCAUUACAUAAUUCUUUACACGACAGAGCUACAGUCAUUAUUGAUAGAGCUGCAAGCAGAGCACAACAGAUGACUUUAGCUGCUUCCAAAUGGACAAUGCUGGAGCAAGGAAUGAAAGCCGAAAAACAGUGGCUAGUAGUUGCUCAGCAAAGAGUACCUGAUCUCACAAAUGUAACUUCAAUGGAUCAUGAACAAUAUAUUAAUCUAUAUCAAUCAUUAAGUUUAGACAUAUCGCAUCAUUAUGCAAAGAUGUUACGUCUAAUGUCUAUAACUCAAGGACUUCAAAACUUGAUUGUAUGUUCUGGACUGGAAACCGAAUGUUCUAUGGCAUUAGAUACUUUACUGAAAUUGCAAGAAGAUGUAGACUCAAGAUUAACUAGAUUAACGGCGUUUAAAGAGAAUUGGAUAAUGUAUGAUCAUCUCAUUGACAGAAUAGAAAGUUGGAUGAAGAUUACUAACAGAGAAAUGGAAAAUAUUACACCAGAAAACAUUACAACUACGGGUAACCUUCGUCGUUUUUGGGAACUAAAAGCACAACACGAAGUACACAACAAUCUAAAAAAUGAAUCUGGAAUUCAGUUUGAAAAGGCUCUUGAAAUUCUUCCUAUAUCUGAUGAAAUGGUACAGCGUCAAUUUUUCUCUAAAAUUGAAGAUAAAUGGCGUGAUUUAGCUAAUAGAAUUGGUGAUAUUCAUGCAUCAGCCAUCCAGAAUAUUUCGGAUCGUGAUGUUACAUCUGGUGAAAAAUUAAAUAUAUUGGAAGAAGAAAUAAGAGAACUUCGUUCAUCUUUGGAUAAUCUUAAAGGAGUCAUAAAGAGUGAAGAUGAACUUAAUCUAUACAUUGAAAGACUGCAAGUAAUGACCAGCCGUAUAGAUAGGAUACAGAAUGAACUUGGUAGGCUCAGUUUGCUACCUACAGCUGAAUCUGAACGUCUGGGUGCGCUUUUAACUCAGUCUGGAAAUCUAGAUGACCAGAUAUCUGAAGAACUUGAACGUAGCUUGUUACUGAAAGAGAAGAUUGUGCAAGUCCAAGCUGGAAUCAUCCGAUGCCAAAAAAGUCAACGACGUGCUAAGCUUACUUUAGAAGAAUGUGAAGCUGCCGAACGACUAGGCAGUGAUGUCGUAGAAAGAGCCUCUGAAACCUGCGAAAGGCUCAUAGAAGAUCUGGCAUCACAAUGGAGAGACAUACUAGCAUUGAGGCAGGCUCUGCAUACAUUGCCAAUUAGUUUACGCGUCUGUGUCUCACCUACAGGUGUUGAGAGAGACAUCUCGGCUUUACAGGAAACCCAUGCAACAUUAGAAGCAGCUUGCAAUGAUCUCAGUACAAGACUCCGUUCUAAAGUCCAGUUGUGGAGAAGAUUCGAGAGACAAUUGGAGUUGGUGCAGGGAGCAGUGAGAGAAGCCGAUUACAUGGUCGAGUUACUCACAGUCCAAGGACAAGUUGACUACGAUCGUCUGUUGAAGGCUACAGAGAAACUCGAGACACUAAGCGAAUCCCUGACACGGCGCAGCGGCGAGCUGGUCGGGCAGCUGCGAGACGCCGCGGCACCUCUGGAGGCAUCCACUGACCCCACAGUGGUGGUACAGCUACGUCGCGAAUUGGACGAGGCGGCCGCAGCUUACGAUCACACCUGCAGCAAUCUCACGCAGCUGUGUGACAAAUACCACCGCGCCGUUGAGCUGUGGAAGAGAUAUCGAGACGCAGCGGCCGCUGUUCGAACGUUUGCGGACUUUAUAGAAGGCCAGCUGCACUCGCUGCGACCCGACGACGCUCCGGCCACAGCACAGGCAUGCCUAGAACAAGAAGCCAGAGUAGCGGAACUCCGGUCUUUGGCUGCACGCGUGGCCACCGAAACGGGCUCGAGGGCAUUGCAAGCAGACGCAGAUGCACUCGCCAGGAGGAUGCAGCUGGUAGCUGGGGCUGUCCAAGUGUUGGCGGACCUCGGAGAAGCCAGGCAACUAGCAAGGGCUAAAGCACUACAGGCCAAGGAGAAAUUAUGCGAUAUGAGAAAUGACUUGGCUCCAUUACACGAAGAUGGUGAAAUCGUCGAAGACAAAUUAAUAGCUCUUCGAGAGAACUUAAUUGCUCUGGGAAAGAGUGAGGCAGACAUCGCGCCGGGCAAGGAAGAGUUACCUGAGAUUGACCGCGACAUAUCUGAUGAACACUCCAUUGUUAGGAUAUUAGAAUUAUGGCAAGCUAUGUUCAGAGAUACUUUCCUUCACUACCAUCGACUUUCAACCGCACUUGUCCGUUCAGGAGAUGCUGCAACGGCUCUUAAACUGUGGAACGAAUAUUUAAUAGACUUACAAUCAUUCUUAUCUGGGUCUGUUCCAGCAGAUUACGAAAAUUUGACUGAACAUCGGCGUUUAUGUAGAGUACACAAAAACCUACUGACGUCACAAAGGUCUGUUCUCAUGAACGAAAAUAAGGAUCUAAAGAAUAAGGAACUAGUGGACAAGUUUGACAUAAUGACUAACCUGCACAAUGAAACCUUGGCGAGAAUAGUCGAAAGGCACGAUGUGGUCUGCUCUAGAAUAGCUGCAUGGGAUGACUACAGAGAACUCAAUACUGAAUUGUUGCGAUGGCUUAAAGAGAUGGAACGAGAAAAAGAGAAACUUCAGCUCAGAUACGUCCACAUAAAGACAAUAAAUAAAACAUUAAGUAAAAUACAGAAUCUCAAUGACAAAGUACCUGAAGGAAGGAAACAAUCAGAAAAACUGCUAACAUAUCUCAAGAAAGUGCUCGAAUUCACUGAAGAAGCGUAUGGAGCAUCGGUAAGAAUCGAAUACGCUGGUAUAGUAAAGAGAAUCGAUAAUUUGCAAGCUAGUCUUGACACAUGGCGAGACUUUUUAACUCGAAUACUUGGUCUAAUCGGUGAAUAUGAAUCUUUAACAAGUGACCUCCUUAAACUGUUCUCAAAAACACAAGACGAAAUUAAUUCAUACUCUGAUGACGAACGGCUAUCACGACCGCAAUUGAAAAAGGCUGUAAACAAAUACACGGAUUUGAAGACAAAGAUCGAAAAGACUGAAACACAAAUAGAAGCACUAAGUGUGAUUCAAGAACAACUCAAAGAAUGUCUAAGUCCUCAAGAUAUUCGCAUUGUUAACCAAAGAAUAUGGCAACUGCGACAACAACGAGCGGAUUUGGAACAUCAACUAUCUAUUAUCAUUCACCGAUUACAAGAACGUUUAGAAGUAUACACAAUAUUUGAUUCACGUUUAUUACGAUUUACUGAAUGGAUAACAUCACUAGAGUCACGACUUGAAACGUCCAAUCAAAACACUGAGAGGGGAGCUCUUGAUCCCCAUGACUUAAUUAGAAGAAUAAGCUCAGAUAUUCAAGCGGAGACAACAUUAAAAGAACGCGAAUUUGAGUGGCUUGUUGAAACUGGUACUAUUCUUGUAGACCUUUCUAAAAAAGAUGAGAAAUCAUACAGCAAAAAUACAUCUAAACAGCUUAAAGAUGUACAAGAACGCUGGCAGAAACUACAAGAUACGGGACGAAGUAGAAUUGCAAAGAUCAAUGAGUUACUUGACACAAUAUCAAAACUUGAAGAACGGCUUACAGAAAUCCGACUAAAAUUACAUACUAUUGAAUCAAAAUUAUCUGCACAAGUAAUUCUAGAACAAUUCACAUCCAAAGCAGUAGAUGAAAAGUUUAGAGACCGUGAUGAGAUUCAAAAAAGUAUAGAAAACGAAAGUGAAGAUGUAGGACAAGCGCUCAAUCACUGCGAAUUAAUUUUCAAUGACCCUGAUAUUGUUAAAGGAAACUUUGAUUUAAGAAAUUUACGCACCGGAGUAGAUAUUAUAGAAAAGAAAUGGAAAAACAUUUGUGACAUGUCGGAACAUCGCAAGAAUGCUCUUAAAGAAAUUCGCAAAUCUGCUGAAUUAUCUAAUUCAUUAUUACCCAAAGUAGAAAAGAAACUAGAUUCUAUCGAAAAAAGAGUUGAAAAAAUUGAAAGUAGAAAACAACGCGGUGAUCCUGAUGAUGAAAGUGUAGCAAAAUCAGUAAUCAAAGACUUGGAUGCUUUAGAAAAGGAUAUUAAACGACUUGAAGAUGCUUAUAGCAGAGUAGCAUCUUCAAGAGGAAUAGAGCUUCGCGGUGAAGGGGCAGACGACGUCGCAAGAUUACGUGCUGCAAUUCGACGUUGGCAACAAUUAAGAGUACGAGUGGACGCAGCAGGUGCUGAUGUUCACAGACAAUUCGUCGCUGCACACGGCAAAGCAGUAGUUGCAUUGGCUGAAGCCGAUGUGAGACUGACAAGGGCUUUACAUCUCGCACCAACACCACUCGAUAAAGGAUCUACUCUUAAAGAAUUAGAAGGUGUUGAACAAGACCUCAAAGAGUGCGAAACGUUCGUGGAUGAUGCUAAUCGUUUGUCAACAUCAGUAUCUUCAGUGUCAGGCGUCCCAGAUAUGGUGGCAGAAUAUCGCGCGCUUUAUGCAGACGUUAGGACUCGUCUUGAUGUCGCUCGAGCAGAAGUGGUAGGAGACGUCGAUACUGCAGUUCAGGUGGACACUCUCAAAUGGGAUGCUGCUCUUCAGGUAGAUACAUUAACAUCCAAAGAAACUUACCGAGUUGAACUCGCUUCCGCUGUUAAAGAAACAUCAGAAUCACUAGAAGCACUUCGAACAGCCCUGCUACAACAACCUAUAGAGAACGCAAGUAGUGACCAACUAGCAACAGCUGCUAAAGAAAUCGCCAAAGCUGGCGCAAAACCUGGACAAACUUUGGAACUUGCUAAACAUUUAUCAGAACUUCUCCUAACUGAAUGUGAUGCUACAGAAGAUGAAGCUAUGCUAAAGGAAGUGGAAUCUCUGUCUCUGAGAUAUGAAGAUCUGUUAGCUCAAGCGAAAAAACGCGAGUUGCAGAUCAACAACCUAAGGUUGCCCCACUCCGCAUCAUACGCGCUCACGUGCGAACACGAGAGCGGUCGACUCACAUGCCCACUCUGCUCUGAACGUAACUGGAAACAAUUGGACAACGAUCUUUGGAGAUUGGAACAAUGGUUGCAAUACGCCGAAGCGACAGAAGCAGCCAGAACUGAUCCUCCCGAACAGUACGAUGCUUUGGAAGAUGCUAUUCAGGACCACCGCGAGUUCCUAUUAGACCUGGACUCGCACAAGUCGAUAGUGGUGUCGCUGAAUGUGGUGGGCAGCCACGUGGCGGCGCACGCGCGCGACGCAGCGGACGCGGAGCGCGUGCGCGCGCGGCUCGGCGCCGCCAACGCGCGCUGGGACCGCGCCUGCGCACGCGCCGCCACCGCGCAACACGCGCUGCAGCGCGCGCUCGUGCACAACCAGCAGUUCCACGACAUCGUGGUGGAGCUGGUGGCGCAGCUGGCGGAGGCGGAGCGCGGCGUGCGCGCGCGCGAGCCGCUGCGGCUGGCGCGGCCGGCCGACGAGCUGCAGCACGACUUCCGCCGCUUCAGCGAGCUGCGCGACGAGCUGGCGCGCGCCGAGCCGCGCGUGCUCGCGCUGCACGACGCCGCGCAGCUGCUGCGCGCCGGCGACGCGCCCGCGCACGCCGACGACAUCUGCCGCCGUCUCGGCGAAUUGAGACUACGACUUCAAUCCCUGCGCAAGCUGUCAGGUGUUUACGCGCUGAAACUGGGCGCGGCGCUCGCGCGGCAACCGCGCGGCUCAGCGCGACCGUCAGCGCUGGCUGCCGUCGCCGCCGCCGCCGCACCGCAGCUAUUGGAGGAGGAAGAGGAACAGAUAUCCACUUCGAGCCUGCCGCCCCUCGACGAGAAUGACGUGAUUAUAAGUGACGAGACAGAAGACCAAGACUUGAAUAGACUCCAAAGGGGUCUCCGCUUCGUAUGCCGGGUGGCGAAGGCGUCGAUUCCGUUCCAGGCGCUACUGCUGCUGCUGUUGGGUGCCGCCGCCCUCGCCCCCCACGCCCACUCUGACUGCCGCUCCCCCGGCCUGGCCCUGGAACCGGUCCUGCGAUACCCCGAGGGACCCCCACCGCUCUGAUCCCGAAAGCGAAAGUGAACGACGCGCAUCACAUCAAGCGAGCACAAAAAAAGCCAGCCUCCCCUCUGGGCUGACGUAAAACAACAGUUUUCACCGAUAAAACGUGUCUAUGACCAAUCGUUCUUUAUCGGUGGCAACUGCAGUUUCGAAUUUAGAAAGAAAAAAAAAAAGAAAAUGGCCGCUUUUGAUAUUAGCGCAUGCGCUCUCGCCACUGCUUUUAGUGCAAAACGCGGUGUCCGAGCGCGCGUACCAUGUGACAUUCCAAUUUUGAAUGGUGCUAUGCCGCGGCCGCCCGCCGCCGCGUGUAAAUAGAGUUUUUGUAUAUUUGUUAUGUGUCGGCCGAUUGGAUUGUGGGACAGUUUGUUAGCGGCGGCGGACGCAUCGCGAAACGAUACGCGCCAACUAAUCAAACGAAAUAUUUAUACAUAUUAUAGAGUGUAUUUAUUAUUAUUUAUAUAUAUAUAUAUAUAUAUACAUAAAUUAUAUCUGUGUAUUAAAAAUAUGGCGCCGCACAAAUCAUAACGAGACGGCUUUCGAUUCACAUUCGCAUUGUUACUUAAAUAUUAGAUAGUAAGGACUGUUUAUAAUAAAGUCAAAUAAACAUUGCAUUGAUAAAAA